UGGAUUCCCCCCAUCGGUGUUUCUUUUUGGGAAGGGUGAUUUUCGAAUGAUUCGGCUUUUGUAACAGGGGACUCACACACCAAAUACUGAGAGAAGCCCCCGCUCCUUCAUUUCUCCCCAAAGGGCCCUGCAUGUCUAAUAUUUAGACAUGUUCAGCUUUAUGGAUUCCAGGACUCUACUGCUACUUGUAGCAGCCCAAGUGUGUCUAUUAACCGUGGUGAGAUGUCAGGAGGAGGACGACCGUAAGUGACACUUUCAUUACACCUUACCCAUGAAUCAAAGCAGCCAACAAGUGCAAAAAAAGACACUUUAUGCAAUUCCACGUGUAAUUAUUCUGAAAUAUCUUACUUUUUUAGAUAGUUACUUUGACUCUGAGCAGUUGGAGCGAUGUGGGUUUUCUCUCCAAAACUUUUACGCGCAGAAAGUUCGUGAUUGUUUAGAUUCUCCGUGGCAUGUCAGGUGCUCUCGCGUUUCAUUUUUAUAAAUCUCCUUCCCACAAAGAAUUCUGAUCGUUCCUGGUAUUCAGGGUGUGAUAAAACCGAAUACAUUAGAGUUGUGGACGUGCGUAAAAGCGGUGCAAAGUUUGGAGAGAUAUGGCGAGUUUACGCAAAAUAACGCGCACAUUGGAGGAGCUGAUUGUUUUCUUUCUUUAGAGGAGUUAGUUUUAUAUGAUUUUGUGUUUUUCAAAGUACUUAUUCAUUCUCGUUCGGGUUCAUAGUUUGGCAGAGAUCGUCAAGAUUCAGAUUCUGAUCCCCAACAGAGGAGCUUGAUACUCUGCCUCCCCCUCCUUUCUCAGGUCAAGCUGCUGGACACCUGUGGGUGUUUUAGGGGCCCUGACAGGCUCUCUUUUUAGCUGCAGAUUCACUUAAUAUAGAGGGGGGAGAGGGGGAGGGGAUGGGCAAUAAGUGAAAGGUGGCCAGGCUCAAGGGCCUGUGGUGAAAAGUGUUCACAUUCCUUUGCUGUCAGAGGGCACCCAGACAAAUCCUGGCUUGUUGGGGGGAAAAGCCGGACUUAUAACCCAAAACUUUUUAUUAAAGUGUUUUUAUUUUAUUGAUGGUUUUAAUAUUCACUCCCUCAAGGAUCAAAUGUCCCUGGUGUUAUUCAUCAUACCUGCAGACUCGCUCCUCUCUCUUUCUCUGGAGUUUUCUUUCAGAAAAUUGGAGUAUCCAUCAUGGUUAUUGAUUUUAGCAUCCACAAGAGACAUAAGAGAGUAAAGGUAUGCCAGCAGAUCAGGGCCAGAAAUAAUGUUCCAUAUGAUUUCAGCAUUUCCAUCUGCUUAAAAGAUUAGCCAUAAGCUGUGACAGUCAGCCUGGGAUAGGACAGAGCCAAGGUGCAAAAGAGAGGUGAUUGGAAAAAUAUAAAACUGAGGGGACUUGUUAUUAUUGCUCUGAGAGGAGAAGCUUUUUCAGUGCAUGAAAACUCAAGCAAAGCAAAGAAAAGGUGUAUUUCUAGGAUAAAAAGGAGAAAAAAGGGGGAAACUCGUGCCAAAGCAAUAGAAAGUCUCGGGUUACCUUUUCAGAGGAAUAGGCCCCUGGUUAUAAUGCAAACCUUUCUUUCCUCAGCAUUUUUCUGGGAGUCGCUGAAGUGGUAGAUUGUGACCUUCAUGGCCUGGAGUCACACAGAGGGGACAGGGGUCAGAUUUUAGGCCACUGGGUGAGUGUUCAUUAGAGGAUAAAGGCCACGAAGCUAAUCAGACAGAGAGAAGAGGAAGAAGAAGACCGAAAGUUACCGAAAGCAGAAAGAGUUCAGUCUGAGUACACCUGGGUUCACUUUAGUAUUUUCAUUGUUCAUUCUCCUCCCCUGAAAAGCAGUAUGGCUGCCAACACACAGGAGUAGGGUCUAGCAAAUUAUCUUCAGUGAUGAAAAGCCAGCUUUCUGUCAGCUCAUACAUUAACAGAGGAGCUCUUGUCCCGGAAUAUCAGGGGAAUCUUUCAUAUCAGAGCCAGUGAGAAGACAGGUGCGGUUUUAUGACGAGCCUGGAACACUGGAUGUCAAACCUGCGGGGGUACGUGCGUGAAAGCUGACCGCUUUCUUUCUCCUGUGUGUUUGAAUUGGCAUCUGAUGCAGCCAUGGUUUCCAGAUGGGGGGUUUAAAAAGUGCCCCCAUGUUUAUACAAGGCGGUAGUUUGUGAAUUGCCCGCUCUGUCCCCCUCUCCAGAAAGAGCUCAUUCAUUGCCGCUGGGGUCCGUUAGGUUACCUGGACUUAAGCAGCGCUUAAAGGUAAAUAUAGCUACUGUACUUACUCUCACUCUGCACUCCGGACCCUGAGGCCGUUUCUUUUGGUGCGUUUAACCACUUUAACCCCUCAGGUGCAGGUUCAGCAGCUCUAAUCAGAGCUUUUCUUUCUGUACCUGUUGACUUUUUGAACUGUCAGACUGGAAAAUGAGCAGGAAAAUGACUCAUUACUGAGCUGAUUGUUAAAACCAGGUACAGUACCUGCAUUGAAACAUGCCCCACCUCGAUCACGUUCAGCUGGCACACUUUGCCAACCUGUGGUCGAACAUUUUUAUGAACUGAAUGCGAAGUCUGUCUCCUUUGCAGUAAAUGAGGGUGUCUCCCGCAAUGUAAACUCGCCCUAUAUUUAACUUGUCGAGGAAUUCAGGCUCAUGGGCUCCGGCUCCUGUGAAGUUGCUGGAGGUUUCCUGCAGGUGUUGCUCAGUUUCACUGUGAUAUUACACUGACACCUGGUGGCAAGUUGAAAGAAUGCAUUGACACUGCACGCUCACUGUAGGUUGGUUUUAAAAAGAACAUCAUGAAAGUUCUUUUCUGUAAUUUGAGAUCAGAUUUGGUGAAGCUGCAGAAGUGAGAGGAAUAUCAGGAACAUGCACGGUGUAACAGCUGGAUCUAGUCUAGAGGGGUUGGGGUUCAUGUAGACUACAGGACUGCAGUUAUGAGUUAAUUGAGUAGACUUUAGCCAGUUAUCUAUCCAAUCGCUUAACUUUGCAACUUUGAAAUAGUUGUCUGAACUUUUUCUGCCAAAAUGAAGUAUUUGAAGUUUUUUUCUAAUGAUGAAUGACAAUAAACACUUAGAUUUGAGAUUUAACUCUAACUGAUCAUAUAAGCGAUUAGCAUGCAUCCUCAUGCAUUAAUGGCAUCUCAAUGAAAGCUUCUUUUGUCCGUUGUAUUGAUGUUUUAAGAUUCAAGAUGCAUCUUGUUAAGAAAUCGACAGGCAGAAAAGUUCUGCUGCCCUGACGUCAUAGAUGUGAAUCCUCUACAGAACGUGUUUUUAUAAACACAAACUGGUAAAUGUUGUUAAAAAUGAGAUUUUCAUCCAGAGUUUAAGUUCCUCUCUUUAAUUUUUAAGUUACUUUUUGGGGAUUUUUUGUGUUUAUUAGAUUAGACAGCUCACAAAAGAUUGGGGGAAGCAGAGAGAGGGGGAAGUCAUGCAGUACAAGGUCCCGACUCAAGAGUCAAACCAGCUAUAGCCAUGUUGAGGACCAGCACCAUCUGUACAUGUGGUGCACCUCAAGCUGUCAAAUUGUUACCUGCCACUAAACAUUACUAUUCAUUUCUACCUGCUGAAUAUCAUAUCAAAUUAAAUUCACAUUUGUGGUUCUUUUUCAUCAAAAUUAAGCUUUAUACCGUAGUUUUUGCAGUUAAAGCUCCUGUGAGGAAUAUUCUUUGUUUUGAUUUUGGCGCCCCCUGUGGACAGAGUGAUACCUCUCAUCUCUUUGCUGAUCUGUACUGUACAUGUGUGUACUGUACAAGCUGUGUUUUGCAUAAAACUCGUAUCCGUCUCCCUUGUGAUAGUCUGCUGUGUCACUCACAGUGAAUAUUUGUGGUAGACAGAGUGAAAAUAGGGGAUUUCCUGAACCGUGCUGUAAAAUAUCUCCUCUGGCAGGUACACCCCUGCAGUAGUAAAAAGCAAAGAAAGAAAUGCAUCACAGGGAUUAUUAAUUUGCAAAAGGUUUUGUUUGUUUUUGUUCCUGAGAAAGAGACACAAUUAUAAAGUUCAUUUUUAUUCAUGAACAGCUGCAAACUCCUCACAGUUUCACUCUUGCAUGUGUUCCUCCACUAAACACACAGUUCUUUGUAUUUGAGUUUGCACACAUGUUAGCACUUAAUGUAAACACAAUACUAGCUGAUGUUUUUGAGUUGCACAUUGCAGUGAACCUGAUGCAUAAUCUCCUCUUUCCUCCCACCAUCCACCUGCUCGGGCCUCUGUGUGUGUCUGUGUGUGUGUCCUUCACUCUGAUCUCACACACACAGAGGAGGAUGUGUUUAGCUGUAUACAGGACGGACAGCGCUAUAGCGACAAGGAUGUAUGGAAACCAGAGCCAUGUCGCAUCUGUGUAUGCGACACUGGAACCGUCCUGUGUGACGAGAUAGUCUGCGAGGAGCUAAAAGACUGCCCCAAACCUGAAAUCCCAUUCGGAGAGUGUUGCCCCAUCUGCGCUGCUGACCCAUCUCCACCCAUCGGUUGUAAUUUAUUUAUCUCACACCUCUCAUAAAUAAAUUACCUUGCACGAUCAUGUUGUUUGUUUUGGGGAGAACUUGACCGUUUGGUGUAAAUCAAAGGUUGAUCAGGUGCAGUAUAACGUCUUUAACGCUUUUAAACCUUCGAUUUUCACACCAUUUUCUAUCCCUAAAAGAAACAAAUGAUCAGAAAUUUAAGACCACAGUGACACAUCUGAGCAGAUUUCUGUGAAAUGCUACCAAAGCGCCAUUUUUCCAUGGCUGGCUCACCUUGGCCCCAUCUUGUUUGAAUCCUUUCUCCUUCUCUGAGUAUGAUGAAAACAUGUGGGAGUCAUUAAGGAAAUACCUCAGUCAGGCAGACACAGCCUCGCAUUUCUACUCGAUAUCCUCUCUGUGGAUUUCUGCAGAUCUGAUGGCAAGAAAAACUGUGACACUCCUCUGAGACCUUUUUUUUUUCUCUUUAAAAAGGAGCUAUUCACCACAUCGCCUCCUGAUAAAUAAGAGGCUUUGUGGGUCCGCUGUGGAAAAAACAGGCAGAGGAGGCUGAGGAGCAUUGCUGAAAUCAGAAGUGUCACUGUUUGUCACAAUGCAUGCUUGUGGAUUUAAAUGCUUUGUAAGAUACAUUUUCUUCCAUGCAGGGCAAAAGUAACAUAUAUUAGUUAUAUACCAUCAACAAAGGGCUGAUUUUAAAAACUUAAAUCCACCUGAAUUGGCUCAUUUGACGCUUGAUAUUGGACAUAGUCAAGUUUGCAGUUGUUUUUAUGUUAUUUUGGCAAAAUCUUGUUUGUUUUAGACCAGUUACUGAAACAAGAGCUUUGUAAGGCAACUUCUAUUUAUGUAUUAGUUUGGCUUUUUGUGAAAUCACUUCAAAAAUGAUAAAAAAUAAACAAUUUUUGGGUUGAUAGUUCAUGUUAACAACAUUAGAAUCUAAAAAAUAUUGGAAGAAAUCUCAAUUCUCAGUCAUACCCAGCCCUACUUGGAAACAUGCAGACUCAUACUUUAUCCAUACUGCUACCUAACACUGCUUAUUAGAGAGCUUUGCAACAUUAAAUUGUCAAAUCAUGGCUUUUAUUUUAAAAAAUUCAAGGUGAAACAGCUUUAUUGCUUUUAACUUUCUUUUACCUGAAGCUGUUUUGCUUCUGCUGUGAGCUCCUAAGAUGGUUCGACCAACACUUUUCAUCCUGAUGGGCUCUUUGAGUGGUUAAAUUUGGUGGUGGUCUUCAUUCUAGUCUAGUUAGGACUCUCUUGGAUCCGAGGGAAUAUGCUGCAUAACUCAGAUGGUUUGUUUCUGUUUACUACGUUCACUAACUGUGAUCUGUUUCCCCCCUUUGACCUGCUGGACUACAAAACAGGAGCACCCGGAGCCAAGGUGAGACACCCUAUCUGUCUGUGAGGAUAGGUCUGUGUGUGUGAUUUUAAUGUGGAUGUGUGUGUGUGCAAUCAGACGUGCAUCAAUCCCAGACUGAUAUUGUUGCUGUAGGAUCUGUUGUCAGUGGAUAAAGAUGAGACUUUGAUGUAUUUUAGCUCCACCAGAUGGAUGAUGGUUAUUCCCAUCUAGACAGUCUAUGCCAUAUUUAUCUGUCUGAUUAUACUGGUGGGGUCCUCAUUUAUAGUAUUUGGCCGCCGCUCGUGUCCUCGAGACACCCGUCUUUAAGACAUCUCCGUUGUUACUUCUUUGUAGUUCUUCAUGUGUGUUUGAGAUGUGAGAUCCAGCAGGUGCCUCCGUCUGCUGAGUAAGAAGCCUCUUCGCUCAAUCAGCGGUUUGGAGCACAAGCUUACAAGCCUUAAAUUGAGGACAGAAAUAAGAUGUGAUUAGAAAAACUUGGGUUACUGGUACCUGUUAUUUACCAAAGAGCCAACAGAGCAAAUUAUGACUGAUGCAAAUCAGAGAACUCCCCCGAUUCAGGGUUAGAAAACUGACAUAGUUGAAUAAAUGUUUGAGAAUCGUUAUUUUAAUUCUGACUGGUUUUUUUUUCUGCUUUCUCUUUUCAUCAUCAGGGUCAGAAAGGUGAACCCGGAGAUAUUACCGAUGUAAGUUGACACCACAGGGCUCCUCAAGUCCAACUUACUAUUGCUGUCAUUUUGCAGUGUUUGGUUUUUGCUUUUGGGGUUAAAACUCUCAAACUCCUACGACUCUUUUUGGGUAGUCUCUAGUGCAUAAGUUUUCAUAUCUAUACACUAAGAUAUAAAUAUGCAGCAUUUCGAGCCAUUUUCUCUUCUCCUCUCUUGGCUUUAAGUUCAAUAUCAGCGCUGCAUUUAUCUGUUGAAAGCACAAAAGUGGUGCUAAAGACAGGGCCGUUUCUAAGGGGUGCCCCCCACCCCUAACACUCUUAGUGGCCACUCCAAACCCUUAAACCAGGACUGUCUUUCUGUCUCAUCAGAGGUGAAGGUUAUACUUGAUAUAUUUUAGCACGUUUACUUUUGUUGCUGCUUAAAUUGUGACUUUUGACUAUAACCUUUUGAGUCUUUAAAAGAUUUUUGAGUAAAUUUACAUGUUGCCACUAUUUUUCAAUUAUUUUUUUGGCAAUAAACGUUAAACAGACGAGCAUAGUUUCUUUUAGAUACAUCACUGUCAGCAUCAAAUGUAGUUAUGUUCAGUCCAGAUAGUGAAGCUGAACAGAUUCUGUUCAGAGCUAAAGCUGUAGUGCCCCAGUUUGACCACCCCAGUCCAAAAAGUCCAGCCCCACCCCAGAAACUGAACUUGUUAGGCGGUGAUCCAUCUCAGAGCAUCAUACUUUACAAGCCUGUUUUUAUAUGUUAUGUAUGUAAACUCUUAAUCUGCAAAAUCACCCAUAAUGCAACCUGUCAAAUCCAUCCAUUGUAGUAAAGAUUUUAGUUGUAGAUGCUCUUGUGCUGAAAAAUCAAGUUUUUUUCAAAUGUGCACCAUAUUACCACUCUUGGGUGAAACUCCAGCCCUCUGUUUGCACACUCCUGGCUUGCCCUGGCAGUGGAUGUGCCCAGGAAUAGUUCUCAUUGCUUACUUAAUGUUAUGAAACAACUACAGAACUCAAAAGCCUCACUACCGGCGGGCCAAGACAGAAAGAAAGAGACAGUUAAAGUGAAAGGAGGUAGGAGGUCUAUUAGCCCGCUCAUCAGGGAGACAGCCAAGCACAAUAAGGCCUCCGUGCAAUUCUCCAUAAUGAUCCUCACAGGCUGCACCUGGAAAUGCUUUACCCGGUCUAAAGGGAACACAAGUCCAUGGCAGGAAAUAAGGAGGCAUUGUUUACUGUAUGUUUCUUAUAACACUCCGCCUGAAGAGAUUAGCAAUUAACAUCCCUCUCUGAUGGGGGAAAGAUAAUGUUUCCGCCCGCCUCGAGUUCAAUGUGGUCUAAACAUCACGUUGGCGUACAUCUGGCUUUAGAGAGCGGCCUCAAUAUAAAAGUGUUCAUAUGUUAUAUGUACAUAUCUGACACCGCCUCACUAUUUGUCCCCUUUCCUUUCUCAGGUUGUAGGACCAAGAGGACCAGCUGGCCCGAUGGUAUGCACUGAUGAAUUCAUCUAUCAAGCAUCUCUUUAAUUUUGCUCAUUCGAAGCUUUAAAUCUCUUUUAUGUGUUGAAACACCGUACUUAGCGGUAAAUGUGUUAAAUUUAUUACCAGCUGCUGUGACAGGAGGCUGAAACCGAUAUGACAUAACAGCAGCAGCAGAGUUCACGAGCCACAGCUGCUUUUUUCAGCUCACAUACAGCUACUGAGAAAACACCUGAGGUUACUGACUACUUCACUUUCUCCUCUUCACCAGGGCCCACCAGGAGAGCAAGGACCCCGAGGAUCAAGAGGAGAUAAAGGAGAGAAGGUCAGUUUGUUUGUUUGUUUGACAGCAGAAAAAUCUCUGAUCUUCUCAGUUCUCAGGUUUGUAAGAAGUCCCAUUGAACCUGAUAGGUCUGGAAGGGUUUUCUUUAUGCAGGCGUAGGUAGGUAGGUAGAUGGGUGGGGUGUCUGUUAUAGCUUGCAGGUUUGCAGAAUGGUUGCCUUUCAUGCAGCUGCUCAGUCUAACUAGUCAUGUGUCCUUUCCAUUAGGCUGCGUGGUGGGCUUAAGUCUGUGUGGUUUAACAGAUGUGGGACUGUGGGAGACUCAUAAUGUAAACGUCUGAUUUCCCAUACUGACUGAUUGAGGCUGCAGAGAGACGCAGACGCGAUGUUGCCGCUUUCGCCGGGCUUUGAUCACUGAAUUAAUGUAACAACCAUUAGAAGUGAUAAUGGCUGCAGGCGAGGAGUUUAUGCCAUGUAGUCGUCUUGUUUAUGCAGAUGAAUGCACACGGGGCAUUGAAUUUUGGCUGGUAGAAGGUAAAGAGGUAAAUCAGCCUUUUAGGUCUUCAGCACAUUCUUCGCUGAGGAUUCCCUCGGAGGGUAAUUUGUCACUACAUGCACAGAGGAAUGCCAGGUAGUGUGAUACUGAUAAAUCAUCUGCAUGCUCUGGAAACCUUCAGGAAAACCGUCUGUAGUUUGUUCUGUGUUGUAUACUUAGAGGUGUUUAUGAUCUUGUGAGUUUUUGUAACCUGUAAAAGUCUAAAUCCAAAAGACAAACAUGAGUCCUGAUUGAUCAGGAUCAGGUGGAGUGGAUUUCCCCCCGUGUAGACCAGUCAGUGCAGCUUGGAGAAGAUUCAACUGAGCAUUAAGCGUCUGUCAGCUGUGUCUGAUAAAUGUGGUCCGUUUUUGGAUCAUCUGCCAGCAACUGUGUAAUGAUUUAUCGAUAGUAGUAUCGAGACCAAACACUUGCACAAAGGCCAGAAAAUAAUUGAUUGAGGCUUUGAAGGAUUAGUUUUUAAUACUCUUUGUAUUGACAAAAGCCACAAGGGACCACAGUGUUUGGCUUGACGUGGUUGUAUUUCAUAUAAAAAAAGUUAUGAGCAACAAAACUGAUGAUACAGAAAUGAAUAGUUAGUUUUUUUAUUGUCACUGAAACAUGUUGGACAAAAAAGAUCAAAAAUCUGCAGGUCUUAGCUUCCCAUAAUUGUGAUUUUUGUUGUUUCUUCCUCAUGUCUUGAGCUGAAUGGCUUUUGGUUUGGAUUGGGUUUUUUUUGUUGUUGUUUUUUUUAAAGUAUUUUUUGGUGUUUUUUCGCCUUUAUUAAUAGGAUAGAUUGGAAAUAUGGGUAGAUAGAGAGAGAUGGGGGGACCGCUGCAGGGCCAAUGGUCCCCAUACAUGGGGUGCACUACCCACUGAGCAUUUUUUGGUCUAAAAGAGGUCUAAUAGACUUCUAAAUGUAGCCUAGACGACUGGUCUAAAAUCAGGCGACCACAGGUCUAAAAAUGAAAGUAUUUUAGACGUCUAAAUUUAGACCAAGUUUAGACUAAAUCUAAAUCUGAGCUAUAUCUAUACCACACUGUAUAUUGCUCAACGGCAAUCAUAAUUAUUUUGGUUAAAUACUUGGAGAUCAGUUAUGCAACUCAUAGUUGCUUUUUCAAUUAAAUAGUUAUCAAAUAACGGGUUAAAGUGCAACGUCUAAAUUCUGUCUGAAAGUACACAGAAUCUAGACGGUUGAAAUUAGGUCUUUAAAAAACUAGACGUCUAAUAGCCGUCUAUUGCUCAGUGGGUAACCUGCUCUGCGAUCCGUGCACCCCUAGUUUGGACUGUUGAUUGGACAAAAAUAGAAAUUUACAAGCUUGAUUGUUUUAAAAGUUCUUUGUGGCUUCUCAUGCAUUCACUUAAAGGAACAAACCUUUUGGAUAGAGUUGGAAACAAAUGUGAGAGAAGGGGUAAUAACAUGAAUAUGAAUUUUGACCCAUGCCAUCCACUUCAGGGACUAUAGCCUUUGUAAAUUAAGCAUGGGGUUUACCUCUAGACUCCCUCAAUAACUUGAGUUUUAACUGGCAAUUACACAAUAUUUUAAAGGAAGAAAAAGAUGUUACUUGGCAGUGUGGUAAAAGCCAGGUGCUCUGAAAGACUCAAGUGUUGGUAUCAAAAGGAAGGAGCCAUGGGGGCUGUCCUUAGGUACGCUUACUAGAGUCAAGGAUAAGGUAAAGAGCUUUUAUAAGCUCAGGGCUUCCCUCAUAUGAAUAUCUGUAAUAACCAGAAACAGGGGAGGUCCAUUUAAUAAUAAAAAACAUUGGAAAUUAGGGUCAAAACCAGUCAACAUUUUUCAAGAAGGCUUUUAAUGUUGUUCUUCACUCCAGAAAGUGUGCCUCAAGAUACCCCCAUGGCUUUCUCCAUUUGACGACUUUCUUCGUUUUUGAAAAUUGAUGCACAGAUUUGCUUCAUUCUUAAGAAAUCACACGUUUUUGUCAUUUAAUCGAGCUUAAAAGAAGGAGCUCGUGAAUCGAUUUUAGUCACUAUGACUCCUCUGAUUCAACUCAAUAGGGCAGCUGUGACUACUAAGGUAGUUUACCACCACCAGGGUGUGAUUGUGUGAGCGAAUGAAUGAUGAAUCCAAUGUAAAGCGCUUUGAGGGUCUCUGAUGCAUUAUUAUUAUUAAUAUAUCCCGAUUGUUUCAUUUCAGGGAAGCCCCGGUCCUCGUGGCAGGGAUGGUGAGCCUGGCACCCCCGGAAACCCCGGCCCCCCUGGACCUCCAGGACCUAACGGACCCCCUGGCCUUGGCGGAGUAAGUAUCCCAUGACAAGUAGGGCUUUAGCAUUCACUGCAGACACACAGGGGCUGACAGGCUGACGCAGGGCCAAGAAUGGGUUCAGUCUGACUGAGUGGAACAAGCAGAGAGAAUGGUUAAAAUGAAGCGAGGAAGGAAUCCAGGAGCACAAAAGAUGUGGGAAAUCUUUGACGUUUCUGGAGGAGGCAGACAGACAACAGCAAAGCAGGAGCAAAGAGAGAGAAUAGGUGGAAUGCCUCUCAUUCUUCGAGGAGAAAAGGAGGGAGGAGGUGGACUGAGGAGGAGGAGAGAUUGAGCUUUUUUUGUCUGGGAGGGCAAGACGAGUCUUUGAGGAGAAGCAGGAGAUAAAGAGUGCUCACAUGCCCUCUGUCGAUCAUAAUUAGCUCUGCUGCUAACGGAGCAUUAAAGCUAAUCAUGGUUUUGUUUCAUUCUCCUGAAAAAAGGACAAAGCAUCCAAAAAAACAGCAAAUGACAAAACAUUGACUUUAAUAUAAAUAUUUCAAAUUACAAGACGUUGCCAUUCAGUAAUUAAAAAACAAACAAACAAGGAUGAUGACUCUUUGUAUUUCUUUGUCUUAAAUCUUGAAUGGCUGGAAAGGCUGUGAGGAGAGCUUACACUAAUGCUAAUGCUAACACUCAGACUGUUUCAGGUACUCGGCCUUUUCUAGGUUAGGAUUGUUUGAGCCAGGUCAUUUAACAAUAAUAACAUUAAAUCAUGUCCUUACAAGGUUACUAUUAUAGCCAAAAACUGUUACAUAAAACACUAAAUAAUGUAUUUUGUUAUUACUACAGUACCGAUAGGUGACACAGUAUUAGCAUGAAUUCAAGUCAAGGUUUAAGGGAUUAGUUGAGGGAUAAAAUAGAACAAAUUAUUAUGAUUUUAUUUGUCUAUCAGACACUUAAAAAGGGCUGCCAAGUUUAAGAAAUUAUGAUGUGUUCGGACGUGCGCCUUUUUUUUUUUUGCCAUUUUUAACGUCGAUUAUACCUUAAGACUCAUGUCCUCACCUCCAAACCAGCUGCUCUUCCUAAUGCUAGUCUUAAUUAACCAGAAAUUAGAAAUGAAAAUUGUAACAAGAUAUUUGACAAAAUACAUUUAUUAGUCAAUAUUGCAUUAUGGCAAGUAGGUUUUAAAUGUCGGCACUGUUGUGUGUGAAAGAUAGUUAGACACGCCAAGGCCCAAAAUAAACUCAGUGUUUCAGUUACCAAUUAGGAAAAAAGCAAAAUCGGAGGCGGAAACAAGAUGGCUACAUCUACAAAAGUUACUUUAGCGCUUGCCUUGUCUGGAUAUAAGGCAAGCGCUAAAGUAACUUUGGUAGACAGCCAUCUUGUUUUCGCCUUCAAUUUUGCUUUUUUCCGACUUGGUAACUGGAAAGCAUUCGGCACAAAGGACUGAUGGAUUGGUCUAGAAUUGGUUAUCUCGGUCAGUCAAUCAGAGAUACUCGAACUACGGCAAGUCAAGUUUAUUAUCAUGAAAAAAAUAAAUACAGAGUAUUGAAUGGGGAAAAAAUAAGCGUGAGAAUGUCAAGUGUGGCGUGCGGUGUGAGAAUGGGUCAAAUUGGGUGAUUGUCACACUCAAAGCGUGUCGCCUGGCAGCUCUGCUUAAAACUGCAUGUAAAGCAAUAUCUCAUUAUCUCAUGGAAACAAAUGAUUUUUGUUUGUCUGGAAAAAGAAACUUAUCUCCGCUUCUUUUUCUUUGCUCUUUCCAGAACUUUGCUGCUCAGAUGGCCGGCGGUUUUGACGAGAAGUCUGGCGGCGCACAGAUGGGUGUGAUGCAAGGACCUAUGGUGAGCGAGCGAUGCCGAGACCUGCUGCUACUGCCAUGUUUUAUUUCUAUCUUUGUAGUCGGAUGCCGAUGAAUCCACUUGGAUGUCAAAGUCUUCAGGGGUUUUAGGAGAAAGCACAAAAGUUACAGAGGUUUGAUGGCGUCUACAUCUGCUCCUGUCAGCAGCUCUUCAAAACCAUACUUGCUCUGUGACUGAUUCUUUUAUACAACGGGAUGGAUAUACAAACUGCCUCCUUAUAUGACACUCAAGAAGAAGAAGAAGAAGAAGAGAAGAUACCCCUCAAGGAUUUUAAAGAUCACCAAGGAUAGGAGGAAAAAUGAAAAACUUCCUUUUCCUCUUUUUAGAAGAAAGUGAAGAGAUAAAAAGUCAGUCCCACAGUGCUGGGGAGAAGGAAGUUUGGGGCCCCAGUGGAAAACAAACACUUCUCAUGGAGUACAAAGGGCACAUUUUAUAAAUCAAGGAGAUAGCCAUCGAUUGACAACUGGUGAAAAACCGCUGCUGCAUUCGGUUAGUUGGCAUGGCGGCCUGCCAGGACGGAGCGAGGAGGAGCACACUGGGAACUAUUUUGGCUUUUGAGAGCUGAAGAGAAGCUUGGCAGUGUCUCAGCCCGGCAGAGGUUUGAGACGAAAGGAGGAGGGGAGAGGAAGGGAGGAAGGAAAGAGGGGGGCGGGCUGGAGUUGAUCAGAUCCCCAGAGCCAGCAGGAGUUUUUGUGGCUUCACUCCUUCUGCUUGUCCCUCCACAUGUCUGUCUCGCCAGAAUACUGGCUCUUUUCUGAAGUCUGUCAUGUUGAUUUUGGCGUUUCCCGGCCUGCGGGGUCCUGAAAGAACAGACUCGAAUUAAAAAUGGAGUCAAAGUUUAGCUUUUAAAACUUCAUAAACUUCCCUAAUUCCCACACCUACUGUAUAUUGUGAACACUCAAACAACACUCCCACUCAAAUGUAAGCGCACACACCUGCAUGCCUCAAAAACACACAUUCAGACGUGCUGCAGAUAUAGAGCCCCAUUGAUUUUGGUUUCUACCUGCUGCGGUAAAGUCUCACACGCUCACUAAAAGGUGACUUUCAGUGAGUGUGUGAGACUUCCAUUUAAUUCUGAGGAUCUACUGUGCUGAACUGUGACGUUUCUCAGCUGCCAACCCUGAUUAUGGCGCUUCAAUAUGAGUUUUAUCAAAGAAAGCUCACUCAAAGGAAUAUCCACGAGGGAAAAAGUUUUGCAAACGACCCAAAAUAAAGCUGAACUCCGGAUUUUGAAAAUCUUUAUUGACACUCACUCCUUUGAACCCUCCAUCAGCAGAUUGAGCAUUUUUGUGCCAUACAGAGAGGCAGACAGAGAGGAAAAAGCAAAAAGGAUUUGGUCCAUAGCCUCUGCCCAAUACGAUUUUCUCCUGUUGAGCAGCGAUGCAUGAAGUUCAAACAGAAGUUAACUUUGGCGUGUGACUUCAGCCAGAGGCUCUUACAAAGCAGAUUAAAAUCCAGACAGAAGGAGUUUAGUGGAAGAAGUCUCACCUCCUGUUUUGAUGUCUGAAAUCCUGCAUGUAAAGGAUGAAACCUUCCCCCUAAAGCCCAACACUUGAGUAUUUGGUUGUUUUCUUUCCAUGUCAGAGUGCCAAAAGUCAUGUCGAGUUCAAAAACGCCUCCUAGGAGCACACUAUGGUAAAUGACCUUUGAACUUUAAAGGCCUGGAUUGAGUGGGAAAAUGCAAGGAGGACAAGAAAAUGGAGUUUACAGUGAAAAAAAGCAAAAUAGAGAGCAGAGGAAGGUCUGAAUGUCACUGAGGAAUUUCAGAGGGAUUUAUGGAUUUGACAAGUUGAGCCGUUCAGUUUUGUGGAGCUUAAGGGCAAAGCAGGUGGUACCUUCUUUUUUUACAAGUUCUGACUAAAUUCAAGUGGACGAAAAACGGUCCUUUCACCUCAACAUUCACAUUCAGAUCUGCAGAAUCUAUGAAAGACAAAACUUGUUUGCUCUGUGUCCAUUUUUUUCUGUGUUGGUAGAAGAUAUGAUUAUAUGUCCUUAUCCUGAUGUUGUGUCUCUCAUCUCUUCUCUUCCCCUCAGGGCCCUAUGGGUCCCAGAGGACCACCUGGCCCCACCGGAUCACCUGUAAGUACCUCCUGCACAACCCAGACAGCACAUGAGCCAGGUGCACCUGCCCUCUAAAGAUCCUGUGUUCAGUCACACACAGGAUCCUCUCAGGACUAAAUCUCAUAAUUGUAAUGUGCAUGAUGCCACAUUGUCUGCUUCCUCCCAGUGUGUAUCAUGACAGCACUGACCCUGAAAUGAACCCAGACUCUACAAACACAAACAAGUCCAACAUACCGACAGCUGACAAAGAUAAAUGUUUACGCACAGCUCUGUUUUAACUACCACUGUCCAGAGGAAGGUCUGUGGCUUAUGUCUUCCAGCUGCAGGCUCCGGGGCAUUUUCACAUGUACGCCACAGCCUGAACAUGCUGCAGAACACCUGACAAUUUAGCUUCCACUCAGACUACCUGUAUUACACUACUAUAUACAGACAGGCCCCGCCUCCUUCUGCUCUUACCUGAUAACAGGCUCCACCUGCAGCUGUUCGAACCCUCCCAGACUCCUAAAAAGCUGCUAAGAUGUAGGCAAUGCCAGCUGACAUGCCUCAACUUGACGGGUUAAUCAUCUGAGCCAUUUGGAGAUACCGAUUUUCUGCUUUGUCUGCUUUUAGACAGCACUCAGACAGCGGAGUAGACUUCAUGAAAAAGAGGACUUUGAUAGAAAGCAGCAACUUAACACCAAGCCGCGAUAUGAUAUAAGACAUGUUAGCGAGGUUUAGUCGGUACUCCUGCAGGUUAAAUCCGGACACAUACAUCAUGUCCCAUAUAUUGCCGAUUACUUUUGAAGCUGUGAAUGAACAUACAGGUUUUCUUUUAUUCUGAAUUAAUCUACAGCUUUUUAAUGUUUUAUAUUUAAAUUUAGAUUUCACUAUUUGAGCAAUUAAAAAACAGAUAAAUUUAAAAGCAUCAUGAGCUCUAAAGAUAAAACAGUUUAUUCUGGAUUUACUUGCUAAACUGUGAAUCAACAUUAUAGAAGAUGAAAACAAUGCAUAUGACUAAAAUCGAUAUAUUCAUUUUUCUCACACAUGUAUGCAUUCUGUUUUAAAAGUUUGUUUUUUUCUUGACUAUUAUUAUUCUAUUGUAAUGUUUAAUUCUAUCAUCUCAUUGUUGUAUUUUGUAUUUGAUUCUACUUUUCUGAAAAUGUAGCAUCUCAGAUUAAACUCUCGCACAACUAGAGUGAGAAAAGAUAUCGUGAAUCUUGAAUACUUUUUAUUAAGAAUAAAAAAUAAAGUAAAUGGUAGUAUAAAGUGAUAAAAUAAAAAAAUCACAUUAUUCGUUGUUUUUCUCUCAUUUUUACUGAACCUCUUCUUUAGCCGUGUGUCAAAUCAGUUUGAAUCUUCAUAAAUCCAUCUCUUCUUUUUCUUUUACAUCACAGGGCCCACAAGGUUUCCAAGGCAACCCAGGAGAGGCUGGAGAGCCUGGACAAGCUGUAAGUACCCCCAGCCCUUACCCCAAUACCACUUAUUUUUUACUUUUAAAGCGGCCGCUGUGGGGACCGUGGUCCCCAUGAGUGGGGUGCGCUCAGCUGUCUGCGUGCCCCCACUUACUUUUUUUUAAUAUCUUUUAAGGUUUAAAAAAAAACAGUCCUGGAAAAGUCUGUAUUGAUCAUAAAUGUUAUAAAACAGCUAAAAGUAGGAUCACAAAGUCCAAGUCUAAAACUGUCACAUUGGUCGGCAAAGUGGGGCUUAUGUCCACACCCACUGAGCAAUAGACGGCUAUAAGAUGUCUAGUUUUUUAUUAUUUCAACCGUCUAUAUAUUAUAUAUGUACUUCCACUGAAUAUUUUUAGACAGAAUUUAGAUGUUGCACUGUAGCCCAUUAUUCAAUAACUAGUUUUUUCAAAAAGCAACUGUGAGUUGCAUAACUGAUCUCUAAGUACUUCACCAAAAUAAUUAUGAUUGCUUCCAUUUUUAGACCUGAGGUAGCCUGAUUUUAGACCAGUCAUCUAGGCUACAUUUAGACGUCUAUUAGACCUCUUUAAGACCAAAAAAUGCUCAGUGGGCAGAGAUUCUCAGCACCCACAUGCCUGUGCUGGUUAUGCAGUGACCCAGUCAGUUUACAUGCCAAUCUAACCAGGUACAAUCGACCUUUAACUUUUUAAAAUAACAUACUAUGAGACACUGCCUGUCAUCUGUGCUUGUUUACAUACAGCCAGUGGAGUAUUAUGGCGUUUAGGCAGUUGGCAUUAAUCAAUAGCUGCCCUACAGAUCAGACACCACACAUGACUAACAUUCAGAGACUGUAAUGAUGACAGUAAUUUAUCGAACUGAUUACUGAUUCCAGUGCAGUCUAGUGAGGGGGACACGGUUUUAUCUUCCGGUUCUCUACAUGCUCACAUGCUUAGUCCACACCAAAAGGGUUACGCUUCAAACCAGGGUUGUCAUGAUAUCACAUUUUAACCUUACAAUGAUCAUGGUCAUAAAGAAAAUCAUCUCACUCAGCCUAAACUUACAGACAGGACAGGACAAAGGUAAAUGCUUUUGUCUUGAAUUUAGGAUACUUUAUUUCCUGUACUGAAAAAACCAGGAUUUUACUUGGGAUACAAGGAUUAAUGAUACAAUACGUAUAUGAUUCGAUGAUCCUUCCCUUUUAUCAUCUUUGUAUUUUCUGUAAGCUCUCUCAAGUCUAUUUGGAAGAUUUGGUUAAUAUUAUCAGUUGUUAUGGUCGCUGUUAUAGUUUUCAUUCCUUAUUUCAUCAUUUGAAAAACCUCUGCUGCUUUUUCUGCUUUAGCUGUGUGAUAUUUCCAUCAAAUUUUCCAAACGCUCUCUGACUUUUCCUCACCACAGCUAAGUUUUGUUUCCUUCAGGGCUUCACCUGCCAGCUCCUACAGUUUCAGUAUAAACAACCCUUUUCAGUCAGAAUUGAACACUCACAUCCCAAAGCUGAGCCUGUGUGAAACUGCCUCUGCACUAAAAGGGCUUUCCCUUUCCAUUUCUUGACCUAUCUUUUCACUAAGAGAGUCUCAUACUUGUCAGACCUCUCCUGCUACAGUUUAUCCCACCUGAAGUUAUCCCCUGUUUUCACUAUCCCUACUGUUUCUUCCUUCUCCUGUAGUUCACUCCCCUGACUAACCUUUAACAAAGCUUCCAGAAACCAGACCCCUCACCCUCUCCUGUCCUUCCCAAUCCCUCAGCAGGUACACCAAGCGGGGUCUGCCUCCCCUCUGCUGCGUUAAUCUGCUCCUGUGGAGUUCAGAUAUGCAGCCUCCUCUCUUUUAAAAGUGUUCCAGCACAUCAUUAUCUGCGAUUAGAAUCAAGCUGCCUUCCUGCGGAUAAGUCGACAGGUUGAGGAAGGGUCAUAAUGUCAAAAGCAAAGUGUUUGUGAAGACCAGAGAUAGAUUUAGCCUUUGAAACCUCAGUGAGUUUAAGCGUCUUUUGCUCAUGUUUUCCAUUUAAGUGAAACACUUUAAGAAAUGAGAGAAAACUUCCUUUAAUAAAACAUUCAGUUUUAAAUUCAGCCUCAACAUGUUGAAAUUGUUUUUGCUGCAUAAUUAAGACCUGCAAAUGUUGGACAAAGGAGAAAGAUUUUUUAGAUUAAAAAAAAGGGACAGAGGAUUUUGACAAAUCAACAAACAUAAGGAGUGAGAGAACAGCGGCCAGAAAGAGAAAUGAAUGGAAACAUCUACUAUGAAUUUAUAAGGAUAAUGAGAAUUUUGAUCCUGUUGACCCUGAUCUUCUCCAUCAUCAAUAAAAGUAUCCCAAAAUGGACAAUAUAAACAAUGACAUUUGAUUAGAGAUGCCUAGAAGAGUUAAUUCAGGUCUCAAAAAGUCCUGUCGAUUUAAUAUCUCUUUGGUCUCAAUCAUAUAAGCACUUUUUUCUAGUCUGAGUGUGUAAUACCAGGAUUAAAUCUCAGUUACUUUACCCAUUAGUUUCUGAGGAGGCCUAACAAUGUCGAACCAUGGCCACCCAGCAAACAGCAACAACGCACCCACCUGUCCGUUAAAUAAUCCAUCCUAACUAAUCCUUGAAGCCUUGAUUUAAUUAAAAUAAACAAGUGAAAGUCCAUUUAAAUGAAAAAAAGGUAGAUAACCUCUUCUUUGUUUGAAAGCUCAGAAAGAAAAAUAUGGAAACAUCUGCAUUUCAUACUCAAGAUUUUAUAAUGUCUUAAUUCCGGUCAUGUCUGUCUUUAUGGUCACAGUAAAUAAAUGCAACCCUCUCUGUUGGCUUUUAUACAAAGUGAUGUUCAGGCUCUUUAGAAAGAAGAGUUAAUGUGCUCCGAAUCAGCGAGAAACUUUACUGAUGAAUGAGAUAGAUGCCAAAUCUAAUUUUAAAAACAUGUAGUAAAAAGAUAAUUGUGUAAUCUAUACGGUUAAAUGAUAACUAAAGUCAUAUGUUGAAUAUGCUGUGUCUGUAAAUUUCUUGACAAACAGCUCGAGUUGUUUGGAGCCAAAGUCUUGACUGUGUUCUGCUGCCCCCUGUUGGUCAUCAGUAGAACUGCAGGCUCACCUGUGUUUGUUUUUUCUCUUUCUCUCUUUACUAAUAGGGCCCCAUGGGUCCCCGUGGGCCUUCCGGACCUCCUGGAAAACCUGGAGAUGAUGUAAGUGUCCGCGUCAAAACUCUAAUAACAUUUUAACAACAUUAGAGGGUUGAUGUGUGAGUCCCAGAGCAGCUGCAGACAGUGCUGUCCUCAUAUCACCCACUGUGGGUGUAAACGUCACUGCUGGUUGGCUGGGAUUUACUCCACUUCAUAGAUCAUAUAAAGAUAAAGGUGUAGAAUAGAAAUCAAACUUAAGAAACAAUUAUUAUAAUCCUCUCUCCACAUGUAGUGUUAAAAAACCGGCGUAAUAACCAGCUCAGUCUUCACUUUUUUCUGUUCUGUGGCUCAUUUUCAUCAUCGUAUCUGUUUUUUAAAGCCUCAUUAUCUUAGUUUGAGCUCAUACUGCCGUAGAAAAUGUGCCAAGAUGUUGAAAUGUUACUGUUUGUACAGUCUGUAAUUUAAUGUUUAACUGAUUUGACAUCCAGUGCAUCUAUUAUAGAACUUUCAUGAGUUAUAAGAGCAAUGCCGAUGUAGAGACAGACUGGGAAACAGCAGAUUAUUUUGAAUAUUUUUUACACCAAUAGUGACACACAUCUUUGAUGAAUUUUACAUUAACUGCUUUACAACAAAUUUACGUAUUGUUUUUAGAUGUUUUAUUUGAAUGGAUUUCUUUACAUCCAAGAAGAAUGAUGUUCAUCUAUCUGUAAUUCCACUUUUCAAACACAUGGUGGCAGCAGACAUGACGAAUCAGAAUUUGUCCAUGAGGAGCACUCACUCCCAACCUAAACCACAUCAAACACAGAACACAAUGAUUAAGUUUUAGAGAUAUGUAUAUGUUUUAGAGAUGUGAGAUAUGUGUAUUAAAAAAAUUUUAAUAAUAUAUUUAAUCUGUUUCUGUUUUAGGGAGAAGCUGGCAAACCUGGUAAAUCAGGUGACCGUGGACCUUCUGGACCUCAGGUGAGAUUUAUUCAGUCACUGAAACUAUUUCUGUUUGAUGGGACUUUCUUUAUGUACCUCAAGUUUUUUAUUUACACAUAUUUUGUCACUCUGGUGGACACCAUACAGUUUGGUGAUGAUAAUAUAGCUGAACCAAAAGGUGAUUCUUUUGCUGGAAAUACUCUGAUUCCUGAGACGCCUAGUUGUUUAAUCAACACUUAAAGUACUUUUGUGAAUUUCAGUUAAAUAUACUUAAUUCUAUUUGAAAAUGUAUGUAUUAUUUUUUUUCAUUUCACUUCAUAAUAGUUUGAACAAAGAAGCAGCUCUGAACAGAAAUGGUGGUUUUAGACAGAUCACCAUAAGGACCGAGACUUUCAUUACAGAGUCUGCUGUGGUCAGAAACUUGAAUGACUGAAAUAAAAAACAUUUCUCUCAAGUCUCUAGUAUUAGUUACAUAAUGAACUUAAAUCAUGAUUUAAAAAGGUCGAUCCAACCUCAGCUUUUAGAUGUUCCCUGAGCUUUUUAACACGUGCCUUCAAAUCUGUCCUGAUGCACUUUUUACCCUUUUUUGUGUGUAUUUAUGUCCUACAUUUGUAUUAUAUUUAUGCUGUCUUAGGGAGCUCGUGGAUUCCCAGGAACUCCAGGUCUGCCAGGCAUCAAGGGACACAGAGUGAGUGUAUUUGUUGUUUAAUUACUGUAUUCAGGAAAAUCAAAUAUGCACUGAUGUUUUUGUUGUUUUCCUAAUUUUUCACAUCUUCCUUUUUUUAUUUCAGGGUUAUCCUGGUCUAGAUGGAGCAAAGGGAGAAACUGGAACUGUUGGAGCUAAGGUAGAAUUCUAAUCACAGUUUGACUGAGUGGUUAAGCAGUAGAAAACAGUAAUGAUAGGUGUAGAUUGAUAUUUUAUCGAUUGUUAAUUAGAAGGUACUUCACUAAGCACAGACUGUGUUGAAACUGCCAGAAGAUAAGAUAUCGAGGAUUUCUGCUGUUUUUAUUUACGGUUGACCUUAAGCUGUUUACUGUUUUCUCUCUUUAGGGUGAGGCUGGUGCUCCUGGAGAGAAUGGCGCCCCUGGACCAAUGGUGUGUGACUCAUAAAAACCAAAGAUGCACAAAUUAAGUCUUCUUUAAAAUGGUUUAUUAAUCCUCGGGUCUUUUAACUCUUUCACAGGGACCUCGUGGUUUGCCUGGCGAGAGAGGCCGUCCUGGACCCAGUGGAGUUGCUGUGAGUUUCAACUUCCUGUCCCAAAUUUACAAUCUAAUUCGCAGUAAAUUGAGUUUUUACCUUACCAUGCUUAGAGAGAGCGAUUGUGGAUUAAGUACUGCACUGUCAUUGCAAUCAGGAAGAGGCUUAUUGUUAAAAGAGAUUAUUGAAAUCAGCUUUAAUCUGGUGGCGUAAGUGUCAAACUUGAAAAAAAGAGGAAAAAUACAGGACAAAAAGAAAACAUCUGAACUACAGAAUGAGCUUAAGCAGCCGCAAUACAAUAGACAAGACAAUAACUUGAAAAUUUGCCCGAAUGUGUGUUAAUAAACUGGAUGUGUAGAGUUCAAAUCCUUCUUUCAACAGUGCAGCAAACAAAGGCACUUGUUAGAAAUAAUCCAGACAAUUCUAUUAACCUCAGCGUGUCGGGUAUAAUCUCUUAAUCCUCUCUACUUUGUUCUAAUUUGAAUAAAUUGUGUAAAGUAGUUUUUCCUGUUCUUAAUGAGGACUUGAGUUAGGACUGAGGAUUUGUUGUCAUGUGCUGAUGUGUUGUUUCUGUAGGGGGCACGUGGAAAUGAUGGUCUGCCAGGUCCUGCUGGUCCCCCAGUAAGUUACACUGAAUUUUUUUUUUAAAGCAAAAUACAACCUAUAAUCUCCACUCUUUAACCAUCACCUGUUAUAUUGUAUGUAUUAGUCUACACCUGUGAGUCUGAACUGAGCUGUUUUUCUCCUCUUUGUAGGGCCCCGUUGGUCCUUCAGGCGCUCCAGGCUUCCCUGGUUCUCCUGGUUCAAAGGUAAGUCACGAUUAACCCUUUAAAUACCCUCAAUCAGCUGUUCUGUUUAAAAAGAGGAGAGCAGGAAACCCUCUGUCCUUUGUUUUCUCAGCGAGUGUAACCGAACCCCCACUCUUGCAAAGUUGUGUGAGAAGUUAGAAGUAAAAAAAAAAAAAGGUCUGUAUCUUAAAAAGUAUCAGCACGCAGCUCAGGGAGGAUUUUUCAGGACUAGUCACAAUACUUUUGUGAAAUCAAAGCAGGCAGCUCUACAUUGAAGGUACUUUAAGCCUCCAUCUGUGUGGAAAAUUAAGGAGUGGGGGGCUUUCAAGUGUCAUUUCCCCCCUCUCUUUGUCUGUCUUUUUCUUAUUUUCUGCCUCCGCUUUGCGUCUGAUUUAUUCCUCGUGCGUGGCAGACAGGCUCGGCUCUGCGCUCGAGGGCCCAGCGCUGGUGGUGGUUUGCUUUCUUCUUCCAGGCCCCCUGAUAGUCUGGGAAAUCUUUGAGGAAUUACAAGCCGAGUAUCUCCUAACAAAAUCCAGGAGUUUCCCUUCAAGUAAUAAAAGCAGACCAGGAGAUGUGACAAUCUGUGCCUGCAUGUGUAUUUAUGUGUCUUAUCAUCUUUCAUCCGUGAGCACUUGAAGCUCGUCUGCAAGAGAGUGAACUGUUUUUUGCAUAAAUGUGUUUUUGUGCAACUCGAGACAGUUCUCCAUGGAGAGGAGGAAUGUAAAAACUCUCAUGUUACGUUAUUGUGCUGAUGUACCUUAAGGAGUCUGCCUGAAAGCUCAUAAAGUGCAGCUCCGUGAAACUCGUUUUCCUCACACAGCCUCAUGAGAAAACCUUUAAAAAGACCCAAAACUAACACAGUAAAGAGCAAGCAAGACUAAAACAACACAAUUAUCGGGGCAUCUGCUCUAACAAUGCUCGUGAAGCGACAAUAUAAAACAUCAGGGACGAUUUUAUUUGUUAAUCGAGUUGUAGGCACUGAAAUGCUGCUAAAUGUUUCUGUAAUUGAAAAAGAAAUACUGGCAGAUGUUCCUCUUUUAGUCCACCAUCGUUUCAGAGCCAGUAAAAUAGUUGGCAUGUCUUUAAAAGCGAGCUUGGGAAGAGAAUAAAUUCAGAACAGUAGGUCAUCAUGUCCACAAACACAUAUCCUGUGAGGUAAUACUCUCAAGGUUGGCAAAGUCUACAAACAGGAAUUUCAUUCACCAACAUGCUUAAAAAGCUGCGUAACAGCAGUGAGGUGAAACGUCUGAAUAGAGUCCAAAAGUUUCUGAACUAGAAGAUCUGCAAAAUGUUAUGCACCUGGAUUUGAAGAGCACACUCAAAACACUGCAGUCAGCUGAUUAUAAAAGCCGCAUGUUGAAGCGUCACUCUUAUUUGCUUCCUUCAUAUGAGUAGUUGUUUUGAUUUUUUACAGUUUGAUGACACAACAUUGAAGUUUUAUUUCUUUUUUUUUCUGGAUAUACUCCUGAUAGUUUUAAAAAUAAAGGGAUUUGUUUUUAGGGAAUUAAUCUGAUGUUGUGUUGUUGUGUACAUACAGUAUAUGGCCAUUAGACAGAUGUUGAUGUGUUGGCAUGUACGGUAACGCUUCAAAGUGUUUUCCUAAUGGCGGCCUUGCAUAAAAAUUUAUUGGAAUCACUUAAUUAGAUCCUUAUUUUAGUGUUUAACUCACAAAAACAACCAGCAAAUAGUAUGUUUCUAAAUCAAUAUUUGAAUCUUUUAUAAUAGAUUGAUUAAAAUUUCAAAUGCCAACGCUCAAAUGUGUUAAACUGUGUGAAUAGAGUUGGUACAGGGUUCAUAUUUGGUGACUUGGCUUUGGUAUCAUCUUUAAAAAUGACUUACUUGUGAACAUAAAAGUCUAAAAAGGACAACCAAUUAAAGCUAUUGCGAUGAACUUUCAGUUUGUGUCAGUUUUGGCGCCCCCUGUGGACACAUCAGUUAUUGCUUAUCUUGUCCUAUACAUGCCUAAUUAGUGUCGUCUUACAAAAAACCUCACCCAACUUUUGACAGUCAUAUCUAACAUUUAAUACUAAUAUUUUAUUUGGAAAUGAUCAAAACAGCGUUGUUUUUUAGCUACUUGACUGACAUGGACCCCCUCAGAGCAGUUUGAGACACUUGAAAUAACAAUAUAAAAAAACAAUCAGUCCUAUCUGAGGUGAUCGUCAUUUUUUACACCAUAAGAAGGUAUGAAUUUCAAACUCCUCACAGAAGCUUUAAUCAAAUAAUUAGCAGGAAAUAUCUAAUGAAGAAAAGUAGCAGAUUACAAGCCAACAGUAAAGCAAUGAACUCAGCAGCAGCAAUUCAUAUAUCAGAGCUACUACAGCACACAAGCACUUCUUUCUAAAUGGAUAUCUGGCCCUACAUAUGAGGUGUUUGAACAAAGUGUUGGACUCUUCAUGUCAGUUUUUGUUCAGCAAAUUCAGUCUAGUUUCAUAUCAGGUUAACACAACAAGAAAAAGCAGUAUUGCAAUAGCGGCUUGAAUAAUCUUGCCACAAAAAUUAAUAGGGUAUAUUUAAUCAAUAGGUCUACAUCACCACGUGUAAACACUAUGGUAACUGUACCCAAAGAGCCCUGCAAAUUUAAGCAAAACGUGCCAAAAUAAUGCACCAGUAUGUGCAUGAGAAGCAAACAAACCCUCACCAACCAUAUUCAAAACUCAUAACUGUAUAUUUAAGUAUUUAAAACAUGACAAAUAACAAUCACAUUUUUAUGUUAUAUGUGUGGCUGAAUCACAUCGUUACUUCUCUCAGACACAUUCUUGUGUGUUUUUAGUAUCAGUCCUGUGGCAGAGUUUAAUCCGAGAAUCAAGACUUUUAAACCUUUGAGUGUGUUUCAGCAGUGUCUUUCAGCAGUUUACAUCUCAGCAAAGCCCUGUUCUACCAAGAUUUAAUCUGAUGAUAUUGAGUUUUUCUAAUGUUUUUGCUUGAAUUUCUUUUCUUAUCUCACCUCUUGUUUUUCUUGUGUGUUGCUAACCAGGGAGAGGCUGGUCCAACUGGUGCUCGUGGACCAGAGGGAGCCCAAGGACCCCGUGGAGAGUCUGGCACUCCAGGAUCAUCUGGACCAUCUGGUGCUUCUGUAAGCAAAUAUUAAUUGAAACAACACAAUGGAGGUCAUCUGAAUUUGAUGAUGGACACUGAGGCAAUGCUGUUGAACCUCCAGGAGGAGUUUUCAUCUCUAUGUCUCUUUCUCUCUUCCAGGGUAACCCUGGUACUGAUGGCAUCCCUGGAUCCAAAGGAUCAGCUGUAAGUUUAACCUCAAGUUUAACUGUUUCUGCACAAGUGCUGAUUUUUCUGUUAUACAAAGUUCAAUAUUGUAUAAUAAAGAAAAUAAAUAAAUGCGUCCGUCUCCUUUUGUCUUUAUAGGGUGCUCCUGGUAUUGCUGGUGCUCCUGGUUUCCCUGGACCUCGUGGACCUCCCGGGCCUCAGGGAGCAACUGGACCUCUUGGGCCUAAAGGAACAUCUGUAUGUAAACACUAAAUCAUCUAAUGAUAAUUAUAAAGGCAUAGGAGAUGCAUUGUACACUGACAUUUCAGGUCAGGUUUUAUAAACAGUUUCUAAUUUGUGUUUGUUCCUUAAAUCAGAUUUCAAACCUGCUGCUUCCUCUCUCACUGUUUUGUCUUUGUGUUAUUGUGCAGGGAGACCCAGGUAUCCCAGGAUUCAAGGGAGAGGCUGGACCCAAAGGAGAGAUUGUGAGUUCUAUUUUAUCUAUUUCUAUUCUAUGACCUUUACAUUUGUCCUUUUAUAGAUACUGUUAACACGCGAGUCCAAGCAAAGAUAACAAGCACUUCCAGGAUUGAGUAAAUUUAAAGACUGACAUUACAGAUACCUUUAAAGGUCUUUAAAGGUUCUUAUGUGAUCCAAGAAAUACAUUAGUGAAUAACAUCCUACUAAUGCUAUUGCAGUGGUUUAAAUCAUCAUUUUAUAUUCAAAAUCUUUUCUUUUUUUUUUUGAGCUGGUCUUUCCUCUUUGUUUAACUUUGUCCGUGGAUUUGUUCUCAAGGGACCAGCUGGUCUUCAGGGACCCCACGGCCCUCAGGGAGAAGAAGGAAAGAGAGGACCUCGGGGUGAGCCAGGUGCUGCUGGACCACUUGGACCACCUGGAGAGAGAGUGAGUUCUUUAAGAGCGAGUUAUUUCAAGUCAAUGUGUACAGAUUAACAACACUUUUUUAGCCUUUAAGUUACUUACAGAAAAAUGUGUGUCUUUAUGUGUGGAUAUAUAGUUCUGUAAGUUUGCUGAUAUACACCAGAGUGUGGUCUUCUUUUGUGACGUUUGUGUGCGAAACAACAGAGUAAGUGCAAUGGACUGAUCAUGACUUUGGUUUUGUGUUGUUUGUGUAGGGUGCCCCUGGUAACCGAGGUUUCCCUGGUCAGGAUGGUCUUGCUGGUCCUAAGGUGCGUAUCACAAAAUCAUGAGCAUGAAGCGUUUCUUAUAAUAGAUAUCUGAGGUUUCAUUUAGUAAUUGUGUGAUAUACUGCCUCGGUGAAUCUGUGAAACUAAAACACUUCGAUUUUUGAUGCCCUGUGGACUCAUUUGUGUUUGUUAUUGACCGUAGCAGCAACUUAAUUAUGUAUGUGAAACACCCAAUCACAAUAAAGGACUUCCAAAGUUCCUGACAUUGAAUUACCUGAUAUCUUUUGCAAACAUGGUGCAUAGAUAUUGGUGCAUUAAAGCACAAAUAAAGCCCAUAAAUUACCAUUAGGUCCCAACAUCUCAAAAGUCUUUGAUGGCCGGCAUUAUUCUGCUUCAGAGUCGGCACCUUUUGAGCUUCAGAUUAAUUUCUAGAAAUUCUUAAUCCCCCCCCCAGAAUAUUAAUCCACAUCUAAGGUUUCAGUGAUACAGAGGAGAGAGGGACUCCUAUUCCUUAUUUCUUAGUUAUGGUAAAUCUUAAGCACGAAAUGACACACCAAGUUAACAAAAAAAACCUGCUCUGUGAACGAUUCAUGCUGUAUCAUUUAUCAAAGGCAGCAGUGAUACAUGUAUCUCUUGUAUGUGACCACAAGAUGGCAGCAUAGCCCCAAAACCUUAAUGACCUAUAUGUCCAGACUGUAAAAGCUAGCAUCUCUCUAACUUUAUGUGCUAUUUUGUACUGAUGUAAUUCUGUCACAUUUUAAUCCUCUAUACACAGUAUGUCAGAGACUUAUCCCCCCCGAGCUUUGAAAAUUAAAGCAUCUCCUCCCCACCUGUUGAUCGAACCUACUCUAUCCUCUCUCUCUUCUUAUAGGGAGCACCUGGUGAGCGUGGACCUGCUGGUGCCAGUGGUCCCAAGGGUGCCUCCGGUGACCCUGGUCGUCCUGGAGAGUCUGGUCUGCCUGGUGCCAGAGUAAGAACUAACAUUACAUCUGAAAACAUAAAGAUAUGAGCGGCAGGAUAUAGAGAAAUAUAAACAUUAAAUCAUUAGUAGAUGGAUUCAAGUGUACGUAUUAACAUUUUACCUAAACCUUAGCUCUCUGAUAGGAUCUAAUACAUUUCAGGCUAUCAGUCCAGAGAUAAUGUAUUAUCAAGGUGAAGAUCAAGCCUGCCCUGCUUUUAUUGUUAGCUGAUAAUUGCUGCCCUGAACAAACAAACAACAUAUCCUGAGCUUGUAACAAAACACUUAAAAGAGAUGCACAAUAAUGAAGUAUUGCACUCUAUCGGAGGUGUAAGAUUCAUAGUCAAACUCAGACAUCCUCAGUUAUCCUGAGGGGAACAAAUUCUAAAAACUCUGGGUCUUAUAUUUCCCAUGAUGCAGCCUGACAGUUUUUAUUCACCAGCCUUACCCUUAUCUGUUAUCUUCCAGUGGGCCUCCUGACUUCAUUGUUACCUUUGUAGGCUGAAAGAUGGUCAGAUUAAAAAACAUUAAAAAAGUGAUGCAUCUGAGACAUCUUUUAUCCACCUUAAAUUACCCAUAAUUCCACUUUAUCACCACAAACUACACUGCAGAGAAAAUAAUAACAUUUCUGCGUGGUAUUGUCGUUUGCAUACAGUUAAAAUAGCCAGUAUGUAUUCAAUCAGAUUAACACAACCAUUACUAUGCAACUAAGCCUCAUUGCAAAAAACAGUUGAUUCACAAAUACUAAAAAAAACUCUCUAAAAUCUGAAAAUUAUGUAACUUUUUGCACAGUGUGUUGAUAUUACUUUGAAAUUACUAUAUUUGUAAAAAUUAAAGGUUAAAUGAGUCUGGAGCUUAACUCUUGUACAGUCAGGCUGGACCAUCAUGCAACACAAACUGAUUUUUAUUUUUGGGAAAAAACGGUAAACUGUACCUAAACUGUGACGUACGUGUCACAUCUGAUAUGUAGAAAGAACUGUCUCUCUCCGUUUAAGUCAUCACACUGUAUGUGUGGAUAUUUAGGUCAGGAUGAGAGGGCACAGCACAGCUCUCUGCAGCAGAGAGAGGAAAUUCUGACAGCUCAUCUCAGACCCAAAACUGGAGCAAAUGUAAAGGUUAGGGAAAUUAGUGUUUGUACACUAUAUCACGCCGAUAUCGCCAAUAUCACUGGCACAUUUUACUUUGUAAGUUUGACUGAAGGACAGAGCAGAAAUCAUAGACCAAUGGUGACCAAGUCUUGGUGCAAAUGAUAGCUGUAUUCCCUUAGUAAAUCCACCAGAUUGUGUGGAACCGGACAUGUCAGUUUAGAAGUUAGUUUGUGCCUCAUUAAAGGGUUUCAGUGACAAAAUGUAUGUUGACAAAAUUGAUGAGAAAGCAGGGUAUGCUUUGGUGAUAAUCGAUCUUUAUCUUUACAGUAAUCCAUAAACAAGAGGCUGAAACUGAGAUUUAAAAAGUCCCUUUUUAUACAAAGAUGGUUCAGCCUUGAGCCCUGAGUCUCACACAAAAAAGGGAAGAGACAUUUUUGAGUUUAUUUAUUCUCAAACUCCUAAAUACUUUUUUAUUUUCAAACCUGUAAUCUUGAGCUUCAGCUGAUACUAGAGAAGACACCCUUGAGUCAAUUUAUCAGACAGUGCAGAUCCCCCUGAAGCUUCUAACAUCCUCACGAUUUUCACAAAUACAGUAGCGCUCCCCAAGACCUGUAAACAGACUUUGAUGUUUCUAAAUAGCUUCUCUUUUUGAAAUCUCUGAACCGUAGCUGAGAUAACCCUUCAGACUUCAGAGAGCUCCUUCAACAACAACAGACAACAAGAUGUGCAGUCUUCCUGUGAGGAUGAUCAUGACCUUUAUGUUCAGUCAGUGGAGUGACCCUUUAAUCUUUCAUUUUAUCUGAGAAAACAAUUUUGGAGGCACAUGGUGUUCACAGGGCAGUGUGUGUGCCCCUCCCCCCGUUCAUGACUUCAUUUCCUGUUUUAUUUCCCAACAGCACACAAGUAAUUGAUAUUUGUUUGUCAUUGCCACCUGUUGGUGUUGAAAGCAUGCUUUCUGCACAUAAGAACAGUUUAGGAAUAGAUUUAAUUUCCUGCAGAGCAAUAAGUUCCCAUGUGUCUUUACUCGAUGACUCACAUGAUUCACCUCUGUGUCUCUCCUCUUUGUCUCCCUCAGGGUCUGACUGGACGCCCUGGUGACGCUGGUCCUCAAGGCAAAGUGGGACCUUCUGUAAGUGCGGUUUUUCAUUUUGAUUUGUGGUUGUUGGGUCUCUGUCAAUCAAUAAAGUCCCACAGCAGGAGAGAGGGGGUUAUUGUUUUUAUAAUACACAAGGCUCAACCAGGGUGUCGCUUCACCAGAUGUGCCUUCAUCGUGUUAUGACUCACAAAUGGUUUCAUCAAAUUGAAAUGCUUGUGAUUUAUUCAGCAUCAUUAUCCACCUCGCUCAUCCCUUGUGACGUUUGUGCUUCGCUAAGUUAAAGCUUGUGACUAAAUUCACGUUUAGUUCAGAGAGCUGGCAUUUGCAAAGCUUUGCUUCAGGCUCUUAUAGGGCUGGACGAUAUGGCCUUAAAUCAAUAUCACAAUAUAUUGAGCAGUUCACCUCGAUAAUGAUAAAUGGAUGAUAACUACUCCACAAGAUGCUCACCCCCUCCCACAUUAACUUCAUCUACUUCAGCCUUUCCAACUUUUGAACCGUCCUCCAUCUCCUCACCUGUCUUUCCCUCUUUGUUACGGACUGGAUGGGGUGGAGUCACGUCUCUGAUGUAGGACAGUGUCUUAAAGGGACAUGAGACCAUAGCCUACCUACACACAUCCAAAACCAACUUUUAUUAAAUUAUUACUUUUUUUGACACCAAAUGUAUUGACAUGGGCAAAAUGACGUUGGUUAUUGUCGUAAAUUUUGGUAUCAGUAAAUUUUCGGCUUAUCGCUCAGCCCUAGACUCUUAACAGGCAUGAAAACUUUUUCUUACUGUUUUUGGUCCUUACAGUAAAAUCAUAGACUGUAUGUAAAAUAGACAGCGUCUGCCUCCUCGUUGGGUGAAGCCACCCCGAGAACAGCACACUCUGUUGACGGGCUGCAGUAUAGGUCAGAAAUCCCGCCUCUUCCAGUAAUCCCUAUGGAGUUGUGGACAAACUUUAGAAAUGUAUUUCACAGAAUAUAAAUUUUUCUCCCCCCUGGUUGCGAGACUGGUUUGUGCUCAAGUCCUCUUUUUUCUGUCCAGCUCCAUUUUUAAAAGUUAUUAGGGGGUUCAUGUUUUCCAUGAUUGACACCUGAUACAGCCUAUGGGUGUAUGAAGAUUGCAUAGCUCAGCCGGAGGAUACGCUGUUUGAGCUGAGCGUCAUCACAGCGGCUCUCGGCGACUCUCCCGCCGCAUAGGUACAAUGUUACUGCUCAAUGUUGGUUUCAGGAAAUGGAGAAAAAACGCUGAAUUACCGAGAGCUUUUUGGCUUCAAAUCCGUACACUGGUGGAAGGAGGAACGAAGUUGUCCAUAUUAUAUACAGUCUAUGAGUAAAAUUCAGAAAAUAGGUGGUCACCACAUAGUAUUUUUAUCUACCUUCAUUCAUAUAUCCAAAACUGUUUUUUUUUUGUUUUUGUUUGUUUGUUUGUUUUGUUUUUUGUAAGCAUUCAAGCACCGUGGUCUGUGGGCAGAUCAUGCAGUUUUUUCAUUUUUGACUGACUGGCUGAAAUUCCAGCAUAUGGUCAGACUGAUAAAAAUGGAUGUUUUAUUUAAUCUGGUCUGUUUUUAUUGAAUUUCCCUUUGGGUAUCAAUCCAGUUCUUCUUAUCUGUUUUCUUGUUUUCCUAGUUUACCCCGAGGCCUUUAAUUUACUGACAUAAGAGUUGUGGAGGAAAUCAACAUUUCUAGAAAUUAAGUGUUUUUUUGUGGCGUAUCCUUGGGCCUCGCUGGACGUUUCUCAGCGAGAACUUACUCCCAACCGACUAAUUUAACUUUUUUUCUGGUUCUUGGAGUUUUACCUCCUUUUCAUACAGAGUAAAAAUGAAAGUCUGACUCAUCAUUCUCUAGGGAGCUUCUGGUGAGGAUGGUCGCCCUGGACCUCCCGGCCCACAGGGAGCCCGUGGACAGCCUGGAGUUAUGGGAUUCCCUGGACCCAAGGGAGCAACUGUGAGUAAACCAACCUGUUGGAUACAUCAGAUCUGAUCCUUAGAUGCUUUUUUUCUUUGUUUUUUAUUUUUUCUUCAUGACCAUAUGAUUGACUGCUGUAUUCUGUCUGUGGUGUGUUUAGGGUGAGCCUGGAAAAGGUGGUGAGAAGGGACUGGGUGGAGCUCCUGGUCUGAGGGUGAGUUAUUCAUUGUUUACUCACAGCUAUCAGGGGUCCAUCCUGGUAACAGCAUUACCUUUGGAUUAACUGAUGAUAUCUAUUUGUCUCAUUUCUUCGAUCUCUUUUUCCAUUUUUUCCUCCUCUUCCUCUCUCCUCAGGGUCUGCCUGGCAAAGAUGGAGAAACCGGCCCUGCAGGACCCCCCGGCCCAAGCGUACGUAUAGCUUCAACACUGAUGUUAUCUUACUCCUUUCUCCGGCUGUACUUAGCGGAAACCUUUAGUAUCUACGUUUCCCAGACUGCCCCCUCGAGAGCUCUGUCUGCAGAAUUAAAGUCCUGGACACAAAUGUCUGGACGGUGGCUCCAUCACUGACUCACCGCCUAAAUAAAAGAUGCUAACUGAUAUCAUGCAUACCAUAGAAUAACAAACUAAUUUUCCAUGCUGUUUUGAUCAGUCUUGUAUAAAUUAUUUUUAUAAUGCUGUUUAUGAUAGACGUAAUUGUGGUCAUAAUGUCUGAAUAUCUUUUCAGGGUCCUGCUGGAGAGAGAGGAGAACAAGGUCAGCCAGGUCCCUCAGGUUUCCAGGUGAGUCUGUCACCUUAAAUGUUGAACUUUGGCCCCCCGCUAAACCUUUUUUUUUUAAAUAUGGUGAUGCUAAAAGACUCUUAGGUUUGAUAAUCAGCUGAACUUUUAAAGAUGAUGGGAUUGAGUUCUGUUUCUAAAAUCCUCAUCUGUGAUUUACAGAUUGAGGAAGCAAGCUUUGCAGAGCUAAAUAUAUGUCAAUAUUAUAUAAGCAUGCAUUUUUAUUUCUGACACUAUUUUUUUUUUUUUACAAUCAUGAAAUAAAUUCAGUGUAAAAAAUCUGUCUCUCAAAAUAUUUGUUUAGUAAAAAUUCAACUUAAGAAAAAACUUUGUAAAAAAUAGUGUGAAAAAAUUCAGCGUAAACAAAACAGUUUCUCAAAAUAUUUAUCAUUGUGAAAAAAAUAUAUUUUGUCAGAAAUAAAAAUGCGUGCUUGAAAUUUGAUAGUUUUGAAAUUCAAAGUCCAAUUUUGAUGCCAAAAAAAAAAUCUGCUUUAGAAAUUCAAAUUCAAAAUCAGAUAGCACAGAUUAACUUGCAGAAAUGUGUCUAGAAACAAACUCAGAUUUCCAGAUUAACAAAAUAAAAAGUUGAUCAAUAUAACUUGAAACAUUGAUGAAGAUGUUAGUUAGAGGUCUGUUAAAACUAAUUCAGACAAUUUUAUUUGUCUGAAUUAUAUAGUAUUUCCUCAUAACAGUAUGAAAAAAUGUAGUGCUGUGUUUUGGUAUAUUUCAGUUAUGAAGGCUGCUGUUAGCUAUGAACUUAGGUUAAAUGUGUUUCACAAUGAUACAUAAUCUACAUUAUCUACAUAAGAUAUCAUUACAAAAGAUCCAAUCAGCUUUUUCUGCAAACACUGAUACUUAGGAGUUUGACACAUACUCUAGGCUGUAAUGUUAAAAAAUACAGAUAGGCUAUAUAAGUCAAACUGUUGUGCAAAUGUCCAGUUUUCUAAUUAAGAUGAACCAAGCUCUGACAUUCCUGAUACAUCUAAUCUUUGUAAAUCUGUGUAAUUUUCCUUUAAGCUUUUUAUCAUUUUUGACUCAUUAUUGGAUCUAACAUCUGUUUUGUUUUGAUCAGGGUCUUCCUGGACCUCCUGGCCCCCCUGGUGAGGGAGGCAAACCUGGAGACCAGGUGAGUUCAGCUUUUGUCAUCCGCCCUGACAUCAGUUGUGAUGUCUUUGCUGAAUCAGCAGUGGUAGUCAUCGUUGUUUAAGUUGUAGUCAUCUCUCUCCUCAGACUUACAUGGUUUAUUUGUCUUUUCUCUCACAGGGUGUUCCUGGAGAGGGCGGAGCCGCUGGUGCUACUGGACCAAGAGUAAGUUCUCAUUUUGCAUUUAGCUUCACUUCCAUUGACCAACUGAUUUCACACAUAUUGCUGAUUGUCUUCAUGUCGCUGUCAUCAGGGAGAGCGUGGUUUCCCCGGAGAGAGAGGAGCUGCUGGCCCUCAGGGUCUGCAGGGACCCCGUGGUCUACCUGGAACUCCUGGAACUGAUGGACCUAAGGUGAGUCCAAGACCAGCAACAGAGACAGAUUUUGGAAAUAUGGCCUGAGAUUAACUCAGGGUAAGUUUUAGGGGUGUCCCAAUACAACUUUUUGACUUCUGAUACAAUACCGAUACUGCAGCCUUCAAUACUGACCGAUACCGAUAUUGAUCAGAUAUUGGCACAAAGUUGUGCAAGACAAGUUUUGCACUCAGCUGCAAUGUCUUUUUCAGACUUCAUCACUCCUACUCCUUGCUACUUUGUUAGUACCUGAGUACACACUGUUGGCUCAGCUAGUUGGAUCAGGGUGCCGAUCACCUGGGCACCUGUAGAUAGAGGUGCCGGAGCGGAGUCUGGAAUGGACUGCUUGUAUCGGGGUGCUGAUAUCAGAGAUUUUAGAUGCAAGCUGAUAUAAUCCGAUAUUCGUUUUUUGCUGAUAUUGGACCAAUAUCAAUAUCGUAUCAGUAAAUUUCAGGUAAAGUGGUUGGGCUCCAUCAUAAAAAACAUCUUAUGUUCGAAUAGAAAACUGUGAAAUUUGUCUGUAAAUGAUAGAAGUUAUUAAUUAAAUAGAAAGAAUUAAUACUUUUCCAUGUAAAUCCAAAUCACUGAUGUCAAACAACCACAAACAUUUUCCAGCCUUUGCAGUUUUGCUCAACAGUUACACCAGAAGACGAGCUCAAACCCUCUGCUGCCCUCACUUCUGUUUCUAUAUCUGGUCCGAUUUUAAUCCCACUUCAGUUUUCAAGUCUUAAGGUCAGACAGGAGCAGAUAAAGGGAGAGGGUGGGGAUUAUCCAGCUGUCAGGAGUGUGAGUCUGAUGCCGAUGGAGAAAGGAUGAUUAAACUCUUUGAGGAAGCCCGCUUCUAAGAAAUAUGGUCGCAGGGAAAAAAAGCAUGCUGGACACAAUCACUGACACAAAGACCAAAUGUAUUCACAGCAGCAUGAGGUCUGCAUGGUUGUAGCUUAAUGACUGGAGAUAGGCGGCGGAGUCGGUGCCAGUGCGUCUGAUCUCUGGUCUGUGGCCGCGGCUGAAAAGUGCUGCUGAUAAGCCUGACAGCUUGUGACCAGGAGUCGGCCCGAUGGAGCCACUUAAAAAAAAGAAAGAAAUCCAAGUCUACAUUUGCAGCCAUUAUCUUGGCUUUGGCUUGUGGACUAGAGGUGAUAAAAUGCUACUUGAAGGUGAACCAGAAAUCAGAGAAAGGACAUGGAAUUACAGAUAUUUUGAUGUUGAUUUUCCGAUGACUUGAGUACAUUUUCUACACUUUGAUCAUUCAAUUCUGCAAAGGUUAAUUGUGUCAAGUGAAUUGAGCGCUAUUUUCUGCAGUUUCAGUCAUUAUUUUUCAACAUUAAAACCUUAAACAGAGCAUGAUCAGAUAAGGAGGAGUUUUUUGAAUGGAUUGAUAAUUUUUUUUGUCUGUAAAAGCAACAAUUUUGUUUUUCUGGUACUCAGCAAAAUCCAUCUGAAGGUUACCAACAGCCUGUGCAUAUCUUUGUUACUCUCAGUCAUAUAAGCACACACUAGCUGCGUUUACAUGGGCACAAAUAAUCGGAAUAAAUGUGCGAUCGGAAUAAAAAUACGUUAUGUAAACACGUCGAUUGGAAGAUUAUGAACCAAUUCAGCUGAAUCGGAAAGACAUCGAGAGGGGUGGUUUAUGCCGAUCGUUAUUCCAAAACGCAUCCACUUAUUUCGAUCGUGACUCUUACCUGAUUUGAUUCUUUACUUAUUGAAGUUAGUUCAGGAGGUUUCAUUUUUAACACUCCGGCAUAAAACACAACCUCAGGUGUCGUGUCUGCUCCUCUGGCAACAUAACAAGUUGUACAUACAGCGUAAUGGUGUCGCAUCUAUAUGCACAGUGCAACUUUUGACAGAACAGUAAAAUAAGUAAGCAAGGGCGCCAUCUAUUGACAACAUUUAACAGGGGUGAAACUCCUGAAUUGGAUGGAGUGAGCCACGACAGCGUUUGUUGGUUUGUUGACAGCACAGGCGUAAACACAACUCUUCUUCUUCUUCUGUGGUUUUUUAGCGAAAUAAGACAACUCUGCACAUGUUUAAAUGCUUCUAAUCUGAAUAAAACUUAGUGCAUGUAUACGCAUGUCAUGAUCGGAUUAUUUGAUUUGGCAGUGGAUAAACAGUGGAUUCAGAUUAUCCGAUCCCUCCAAAAAUUUUUAUCGGAUCAAGAAAUUUUGCACAUGUAAAUAUGGCUAUUGACCUCAAUGAAGCUUUUCCCUCUGUAUUUGUUUCUAUUUCUGUCCCUGCAUAAACUCAUGUAUGUUAAUCUCAUCUUCAAAACAGGGUGCUAUUGGUCCUGCUGGCACUGGUGGUGCUCAGGGACCCCCUGGCCUACAGGGCAUGCCUGGAGAGAGAGGAGCUGCUGGCAUCCCUGGACCCAAAGGAGACCGAGUAAGCCAUGACAGAAACACAGUCCUCAUGAAUAUUAAUGCUACAUACAGAGAAUUAUCUCUGCUGUUCCUGUCAGGUGACUGACCUUUUUUUUAUUCCACGUAGGGUGACCUUGGAGAAAAAGGACCUGAAGGUGCUCCUGGCAAAGACGGUGGAAGAGUAAGUCGUUGUUAUCCACGCUGAUUUGUCGUUAAUGAGAAAUGUGUUCAUUUCAAAAUCUGGUAUUCCCUUUUAUUUAUAGAUGUGAUUUCUCAGGUUAUUUAAAUAUGCCUGGUGUUGUUUUCAUUUGUCUGUUACAGGGUCUCACUGGUCCCAUUGGUCCUCCUGGUCCUGGUGGUCCCAACGGCGAGAAGGUGACUAAUAUAUCAUUGUCUGAAUUAAAGUACUGUACGUGUAAAGGCCCAAAUAGAGACUAGAAUGAAAGAUUAGUCUGAAGUAUGAACUCUCAGAGCAACAUGGGAUUAUAUUAUCUCCAUCAAAUGAGUUCAGUUCUGUCAAUCUAGUUGUACAUUUAUCAGAAAUAAUCUUUAUUUUUUUUAGUUUGUAUAAUUUUAUUAUUACAGCCAUUUAAAUUUUGAUUGUAACACUAACUAACUGACUCCUGUGUGUUUCCUUACAGGGUGAAUCUGGUCCCGCUGGUCCCUCUGGCGCUCCUGGUACCCGUGGUGCUCCUGUAAGUGUCGCAGUUUAUCUUGUCUCAUUUAUUUUGAAAACUCAAUUCUCUUACAAUGAAAAGUCAAACUUUUAAACUUUGUGAACCCAAAGAGUCUCUUUAUUUCUGUCACGUUGCCAUCCAACCAACCAACCAUCCCCUGAUUUUUGUUCCUUUUUUUCAAUCCUCCUCCAGGGUGACAGGGGUGAGACUGGUCCUCCCGGUCCUGCUGGAUUUGCUGGACCCCCUGUAAGUACCAACAAACAUUGACAAGCUUUUAGAGGCGCCCACUAAGUGACAGGACACGUAGUCUGAGGCCCUGGAGUCGGAGUGUGAACAUGAGAAAACUAUAAACAAAGUUUCUGCAAAAGAUGUAAAAACUUUAGAAACACAGUUGUAUUUUCAGGGGAUUUUCUAUUUGUGGUUAAGAUUGGAAAUAUUAAAAAGGGCAGACACUGUUUAGUCGGAUUGUGUUAUGCAAUUCAAAACUUAAUGAAGACAAUUUUGUCCCUUAAGCUACAAAAAGACUUUAAAAAACAUCCUUUACCAUUAAAAAUCAUGAAAACAAUAACGGAUGUUGCAGUAAAACAGAUUUUUUGUUAUCUUGUUCGAUAAAACUCCAGCGUCUACCAUCACAAUCAUUCCUCUCACUGCCUUCUGCAAACACUUGGACAUCUAAUUGUCUCUACCUCUGCGACAGCCCUCUGUGAUUUGUCAUUUUGUUGUCAUGCAUCUCGUCUCCUCUGAGAGAAGUUAGUGUCUUAACAGUCUGUUGUCUUUCCAUCACUCAUCUGUUCGGUUCCUCCCAAAGACUCAGAGCAGCUAUCAAAUAAAUAUUUUUAAUAAGCCGCAUCCUUAUGAGAGGAUUCUCAUCAAUACUUCUGCGACAACAAGAUACAUCAUGCAGUGUUUUCCUCUUUGGUUUGUUCUAUGAUUAAUUAUUGAAUUUACGUCAAGAUGAAUAACAUGACAAAGUGUCUAAAUCAUUUGUGGUUUACAGCUCACAGACUUGUAACAUCACAGACACGAAAAUAGACCCGAAUGCGACAUAAAACAUCCGCUGCUUAUUGUUAGAUAAUUGAAAAUCUGUGUUCACACCUUUAAAUAGAUCUGUAAAUGCUGUAGACGUGGUCAAAGUAUCAGUCAGGUGUUGAGUGACAAAAAUACAUCAAAAACAUCAUCUGCUGAGAAGACUUUCCUCCAUCGCUGAAACUGAUUUAAAACACGACUGUAUGAGGGUUUUAUUGAACAAAUGCCGCCAUUGCCACUGUGACAUUUACUUUCCAUUUAAAGUGUGUGAACUUUAGCUUUUAUAAACAAACAGCAACACCAGAGAAACCAUAUAUAUACUUCAUAUACUCCAGUUAUAGUAGUGAAAGGUGUCUGUCUUUCAUAUUGGGCCUACUUCAUUGUGAUUGUUAUCAUAAUUUAACUUCAUAACAUCUUUUAAAUCACAUCUUAAGACUCACUUUUUUGACUUGCUUUUACGUGACGCAUGAUUUAUUUAUUUGAUUGCCUGCAUACCUCUUGUUUAACCUUGUCAGUUACUUAAAUUAUCAUUAUUAUUAGCUUUAGUCCUGUUUUUAAUAUUUUCUCAUGUUUUAAUGUACUCCCUCCCUUUUCAUUAUAACUCUUAUUUUACCUUCUCUUAUUUUAUUAUCUAUGUAUUUAUUUCUUUCUCUUCUACCUGUCCUCUUUCCACCUUCUUUCUUUUUUUUAACCGUCAAUUUUCCUUUGUCUGUUUCUGCCUUUGUUUGUUUCUUCUCUUGAAGCACUUUGUAAACAUCUGUUUUUGAAUGAAUUUAUUAUUAUUAUCAUUAUUAUUUAGCUGGAUGUGUACUUUACUCUUCAUCUGAUGUUGUAGUUCAACAGGAAUGAAAUACAAACACAAGAGGAUGAGAUAUUUUACAUUCUGGCUUUAGUGUAGUUCUGAAAUCCCUACAUCUGACAUUACCCAUGAUGCAACUCAAUAGAAACUCACAAUACACCCUCCCUGUCUCAAAGUAGUAUGUGUCUUUAACUUGAAUUUUUCAACACAGGUGCGCUGCUUUUCACUCAGUGACAGUAUUUUAAAUACAUUAGUGGACUGCACCUUUAACUGUGUGUAUUUUAGUGGAAGAAAAAUGAUUUUCAGUCUGUCAAACCCUUGCCAUCUCAGAGAUUGACACCUUCCAUUAAUAUCUGUUUUCUUUUUUCUGUCAGGGUGCUGAUGGUCAACCUGGAACAAAGGGAGAGCAGGGAGAGUCUGGACAGAAAGGUGAUGCUGGAGCCCCCGGACCCCAAGGACCAUCUGGAGCCCCAGGACCUGCUGUAUGUGCCUUUUUUAAGUUGACUAACUUGACCUGACUCAAUCAGACUGUAUUUUUUUUUGAGUGUGCCUCAGUCCUAAAUGAUGAGGUAUUUUAAUAAAACCUUGGGUAUUUCCAGUCUGAAGAGGUUUUCUUUUUUAUAACCGAGGAACAUAAAGUAAGAUUGACACAGUCCUUUUUUUGAGAGAGGACUUUUUCCUCCCUGUGUUGAAUCAGAGUGAAAGCAGUCCUUGUUGCUGAUUGUGCCUCUGCUGGCAGAAUAAAAGCUGUCUGAGACAGAUAAACCAAAAAAAAAACAUUUCAAGAGCAACUGAAAGUGAAUUUUUUAUAUGCCUCAUGUUUUUAUUUAUAAAACCUUCAAAUGCCAGACAGUAACCAACCGUAUGUCUUCUGCUCCAGGGCCCAACAGGUGUUUCUGGACCUAAAGGUGCUCGUGGUGCUCAGGGACCUCCUGUAAGUGACCUUUAGAGAAUAUUUUACCCUCAGUGAAACAGUAUUAUUUGGUUGAUGUUUGCUCAGACUGACUUGAUCUUUCUUUUUUUUCAGGGUGCAACUGGUUUCCCUGGAGCCGCUGGCAGAGUCGGACCUCCUGGUCCUAAUGUAAGUUUGUGACAAACCUUGAAUAAGUUUGCCAAGUCUGUUACUAAACUGUUGAAUCAUAAUGUAAAACAUGUAGUAGGGCUAGCAGAUAAGAAGUUUUUGUUGUGAUUCACUGCUGAAUUUCAACAGUGGAUUAUGGGUUAACUGUGUUUUUCUUUUCUCAUGUUUGAAGUUCCAUUAUUUUUCAUUUAUUUUAAAACAGUUUAUUUACCAUAUUUAAAAUAUAAAGCUGUUUUUACAGUGUUUUGAUUUGAGAAUCUAGAGAAGCUAGAUUUAGUAACUUUUCAGACCCUCUAGCCAGUUAUUUAAAAAAAAAAAAGCACUUAGCAACACAAUGUUUUUCUGGAGUUCAUAGUGCAUCAAAGGCGAUGACGUCAUCUAGCUACUUCUACGACAGCCGCUAGCGACUUUCCUCACUGAGGAGUUGGCGACACUGUUUAAAAAUCAAAUCACUGCAGUUGAAUCUUGAAAAAAGUUUACAAGCCUGCAGUCAGUUGCCCCCCAUUUUGUAUUACUUAUUUAACUUCACUGAUAAUUAUUACUUAUGAAUUGUCCAAUGAGCUGUCUUAGAGUGUUACCACUAUAUACUGUGAAACAGUGCAGUGGUGUCUUCACUUUCCAUCAUAGCAGCAGCAGGAAGCAGGAAGACACUGCAGCAGCUUAACCAUGGUGUGCUAAAAGGGACAAAAUAGUAAACAUAGAACAAAAUAAACACCCUAAUGCAAUUGUCAGUGAACACUAUAAUGCACCUAUAAACAUUGGAUUAUAUUAGAAAAAGGAUGUAAUCCCUUAUAACUACUGGGUAUAAAUCUAAAAAUGACAGUUCUUAACUUUCUCUCAUGUAGACUGAGAUGUUACAGGUUGUGGGAGGGAACAGUCAAUGCAUGGAUUUGUUAGCCCCUUUUUAAUCUUCCUAUUAAACAAAGUCUAAACAUCAACAAACUAAUUUAUGUCAAUUACCAGUAGAUAGUGUUGUAGCCACCUCGCUUUAAGUCUUUAUUUUCUAGAGAGCACGGCUGAAUCAGUUUGUCUGUCACAGUGGGAGCUGCUGUAGUUUGUUGGAACAUUUUUACAGACCCGUGAAAAAGAAAGUGCAACAUAUCGUGAAAACAAGUCUGAUCCCGUGAAAGUGUGAAAUGAGAUAUGUGUUAUUAAAGAAGCACAGCCACCCAGGGGACCACAUUCUGAUACCAUAUGCUCUGUGAACAUGGUGUGAGCCUGUUUGCAAAUGCACCACAGACAUGAUUUGUUAUUUAUGGUAUUUCAUGUGUUUUUUUCUUUUUUGUCAUCCUCCUCCAGGGUAAUCCCGGACCUGCAGGCCCUGCUGGCCCCCCUGGUAAAGAUGGACCCAAAGGUGUGAGGGGAGACGGUGGACCCCCAGGUAGACAGGGUGAUGCAGGUCUGCGUGGUCCUGCUGGAGCUGCUGGAGAGAAGGGUGACGCUGGAGAAGACGGCCCACCUGUGAGUUCUUUGUUCUUCGAUUGUACUCCCCCUUAUGUCACUCAAAGCACUCUCGGGUGUUUACAUGAUACCUAACUCCCUGACCUUGUGACGCUCAACUCCAAUCCCUUCAGCUCCCUCAUAUUUAGUCCCCCUCUCAUCCUCUCCAGACUGCACAUCUCCUUGAGCAGCACCAAGGUGAGCUCAGGUGUCCAUUAUGAAGGAGAAGAGAAUGAUUAAAUGUGUUUGUUUCCCACAUUUAUGUCCACGUUUGGCCGGCUCAGUCAGCCUAAAGAGCCAAUUUUGGCACUAAUGGAUAGCAGCUGAGCACGCUGUCUGUUAGUACACUGAACUGUCAGUGUCCACACAGAGACCGAGACAUAUGACAGCACAGGGCAGCACAGGCCCAGAGACAGACCCAUGACAGGCGCACGGGAUUUUGCCUCGCCUCCACUCACGCUCCCGCCACAACACGUGACGAGUCCUUGUCAAAAUAAUUAUGCAUCAGGGAAGAUUUUAUCCUCAGACAUGAAGAUGGCUGCUGUGUAGAAACCACGCCUGCAUAUAGAUAACACAUAAUGGAGGCUUGAACCCUGAAUCUGUGCAUCAAAGUUUGCUAUGUGCAUGGCAUAAGGGAAAUUGAGUGCGUGAUAUCACAAUCAUAGAGUCAGUCCAAAGCCCAGCGCUAUUCGUGUUAAGAGUGCUAAUUGUCUUAUAAUUAAAUAAAUGAUGCUAAUUAAUUUGACUACUGCUGAAUGUACCAGACUUACAUUUUUUUUUCCUCUUCCCCAGGGUCCCCUCGGUCCUUCAGGUCCUCAGGGUCUUGCUGGUGCUCGUGGUAUUGUCGGUCUACCUGGACAGCGUGGUGAGAGAGGUUUCCCCGGUCUGCCUGGACCCUCUGUAAGUACACCUCACUUUAUUUAUUGUCUAGAAACACAGUAAUUUUCAUGAUAUAACUGAUUGUACAUCCUAACAGUAUCAUAAUUAGUUAUAAAUAUCAUCUAUUUUAUGAUCAGCUGUUGGGUUAUGUAGGUAAUUACUAGUUAUUUACAUAUUUAUGACAAAUAUUCCUAAAUAUGUAUAACCUGCAGGAUCGUGACGACCAAUGGGAUGUUUUUAAUGUUAUUUUAACCUGUCCCCCACUUUGAUAUUUCAUUUUAAUUUUCCCUUUUAAAGUCUGAAUUAAAGAAAACUGGAGUAGAAAAGUGCUUGUCUAAUUAUACAGAAGCGUAUUGCAAAAAAAAAAAAAAGGAAACUGUUUUUUUUUGAGUAAUUUUAUUUUUUUUUUUUUUUGCUGUUUAUCAGACUAAAUUUUUUCUUCUGUUUUUUUUGUCCUAAUAUUUUUUUUACCCUCUUUCUGUUUUUCUGACUGUUUUUUGUCCUAACUAAGCGAGAUACGUCAAAAUCCUACAAGAAUCUCAUACAAUCAGAUAACGUUAACCACCACGGCUGCUCCAAAUCAGCAGAUUCUCCAGCUCCUAGAUAACUUACGAGGUCGAUGAGAGUAAAGCAUGUUAUUCGUUAAACAUAGGGUAUGCAAACCCUGAGAUGCCUGCGCAAAGUAGACAAACUUGAUUAAACUUAACAAGUGGGCCAUGUUUGCUUCCAGUAAAUGAGCAGAGGGGGAUGAAAGCGUCUGUUUUAAAUGAUCAUGAUCCCAGAAAAAAGGAAAAACAAUCAGUCUGAAAUAGAAACAAAAAAAAAUGGUCUGAAAAAAUUACUCUGAAGAACAAAACAGAAAAAAAAAUAUUCUAAAAAACUUUUUUUUUUUUGGUGAAUGUUAUACGCUUCCAUAAUAUUAUGAGGAACUAUUGACUAAAUAUUUGGGAAUUAUUUAGUAGAUUAAUUGAUACUGAAAUAGUUCUUGGUGCAGCUCAUUACAGUUAUAGAAUAAAUAAAAAGGCAAAAACAAAAAAACAAUGAGAGGGGCCAGACCUGCCGAUAACUCUAAACUCUAACUAAUUGUCUCUGCAAAGUCAUUAAAAAGCCGUAAACUCAGAUUUAUAGCUCUGAUUGCAUUUAGUAUUGGCUGAGAGGAGGGUGAGGAGUGAUUGGGCGGAUACUGCUGCGUUAUUUUGAGUGUUUUUCUUCCACUGCUGCAGAAAGGAAACAGUCUGUUAAAGUGGAGGUUAAAUAAAUACUGUAAAAUUAAUGAAUCCAAACCUUGAGCACACAACAGUUAACUAUCUGUUACUCAGGAGCAGAGUUAGCAGACAUGCUCUGGACCAUCACUCGGCUGUGUCCUAAUUGGAUCACAGUCAGAUCUCGCCUCACAUGAGCCAGGACUUUUCCUCCUGCUGAAGUGAUUUUAUUUGAUGUACAGUGUGACAUGUGACAAGACAGCCCCCCCCCCCCCCGCGCUAACAGCUCACACUAUUUGAUAUGUGACACGAGCCACGUCCCCUGCUUUCAGCGUCUCGGUGGGCACGUCCUCACCAUCAAUUAUUCAUCAGCAGGCGCGAAAGUGAAGCUAAGACGGACGCACUGAUGCCAAAUUCAGCCCUGAAAGUUUGAAAUUGGGGAUAUGAUUUUAACAACUGAGGUAGAGCAGAAACAUGAGGUAGACUUAGUACUUUACUCACAACCAGUCAGAUCACAUCUUGCUCAGUUGUCAUUAGAUAAGGACUUAUGUACCUUUUUGGUAGAGGGCUGAAAUCUUUCUGUAAUAUUUGAGUCUAUCUAUGUGGAGAGUGACAUACAGGCCUACUACAACGUUUGGUAAAACUUUACAUGACGUCUUUCUCUAUAACACAUUAUAAAUAUAUUUAUGAUGCGUUAUAAUCACGUUAUAGCAAUGUAUAACUAUAGUUAUAAACACUCAUAAAUGAUCAUAAUGGUUUAUAGUAAUAAUUAUAACACAUUAUAAAGCAUUUUAUCAUGACUUACAAGGUCAGGUAUUAUAAUGUGUUAUAACUGUUAACAACUCACUGACAAUGCCCACAUAGAUAAUGUAUUAUACAUAUAUUUAUGGUGUGUUAUAAUUUAUUUAUAAAUGUGUAUAACUAUCAGUUUAAACACUCAUUAACUAUCACAAGGCUUUAUAACACAUUAUGAUACCUGACCUUGUAAGUCAUGAUAAAAUGCUUUAUAAUGUGUGUUGAUUAUUGCUAUAAAGCAUUAUGAUCAUUCAUGAGUGUUUAUAACUAUAGUUAUACAGUGCUAUAACGUGAUUAUAAUGCAUUAUAGAGAUAGACAUAAGUAAAGUGUUACCCAAAGUUCAAUUUUAUGCAGUUCAAUAUCAUGUGUUUACAUAUCAUCACAGAGCCGAUCAGUUUAUGGCUUAAUGGAUUAGUGGUUUGGAUCCAGGGUCCAUUUAAAUGCCCCAAAAACCAGAACUGGUCUUAAAAGUAGCUUGAUAGAUUUAAGGAUGUUUCUGUUGAUUUUAUAUUCUCAAAAAAGUAGUUUUAGUAGCUGUUGAUAGAGUUUGGGAGUCUCUCAGUCAUGUUGUCUUAACAUCUGGUUAUUAAUGGGAACCAUUAAGAUCUAGCUGGUCUGGUUUCACAUCUGACCAUGGACAAAAUUUUGAUUUUAGAGGUGGGGGGGACACAUGUGAUUUGAGUACUGUUGAGACAUAUAGCCUAACAAACAGCAUAUCUCGCACACACAGUAACAGAGGAGGCAAUACAGCAAGAAGGUGGAUGGAAGUUCAAACCCGAUACAGGGACGUAAAUGAAACCUUUGAUGAACGUGACGUUACGGAGAGAAAAUGAAUGCCGCCCUCCUGUAAACAUACAUCAGCGAAUAGCAAUGUUCACGGACUGACUCUAAUGAGAAACUUGCAGAAAACUAGUCCGGAAUAUGGAAUGGCUGACAGCAGGGAUAGCCAAUCAUACACAAAACACGGCCUUGCUGUAGAGCCAAUCAAGGACCUUGUGGGCAGUCCAAACCAAGAGACAACAGUUCGGCCGUUUGGUCCUAGUGCCUGACGUGUAUCAGUUCGCUAUAGCAUAAAGUAACAUUGUUCUCAGAUGGUUAAAACUGCAGGGGACCAAAACGGGCUUUUGAAAAAGUGGAGGGGACAUGUCCCCCACGUCCCCCCCACAAAUUACAUCCAUGUAUCUGACAGUUUGGUCUCAGGAUUGUUAAGUGUUGCUGACUGGCUGUACAUUAACAUGAAUUUUAAUGUCAUCGCUCACAGAAGAAACAUCUGAAAAGGCCAUUACAUGCCCGAUACAUUAGCAUAGAGCCAGUCUGUCAAUACUCAGCUGUUCAGUUUAGUGUUGCCAAGACAUCCAUUCACUAGACUGUCAGACUAAACACAUGAUAACAGCAGUGUGACGGUUCUAGUCGAUGUACAAUCAUUCAUGAUGUCGUCCAAUCAAACAUGCACUCAAAGGAUGAUAAUAAUACGUUUUGUUCCUCUUCUCAGGGUGAGCCUGGUAAGCAGGGAGCUCCUGGUGGUGCUGGCGACCGCGGCCCCCCUGGACCUGUAGGACCCCCUGGACUCACUGGACCUGCAGGAGAGCCCGGCAGAGAGGUCAGAGAAAGAACAACACACAACACAUUUUAGGAUUCACAUCUUCUACACUGGAUUCACUCCAGGAUUCACUGCUAGUAUCCAAAAACGGAUGCACAAUAAGCCAAGUCAAUUAGAAUGCACUGCUAUUUAUUCCAUGUUUACAUUUGCAUUGUGUGUACGCCUGCAUUAGUGAUGCGCUCUGUCGGAGUGGGCUUCAUUAUGCAGCUGAUCAGUAUUCAGGAGCACACCUGGCUUGGUGGAGAUGGGAAUUAUUAACACUUUAAACUUCAUUGUCUUCUGACAGGGUAACCCCGGAUCUGAUGGACCUCCUGGUAGAGAUGGUUCAGCUGGAAUCAAGGUGAGAAAGACAAAAAAGAGGUUAAAAUCUCAGUGCUGCUUUCGCUCAUGUUGACUAUUGUGUGUGUGUGUUAGGUCCAUUAGCAGUGAGAGUUGUUUAGAGUCGAAGUGAAGUGCUCUUCUCUUCAACAAUUAAACUUAAAAUUUAGAUUAGUAUGUGCAUUAGUAAAAGUUGUACAUCAACCAAAUGACCCCUGGUUAAAUAUUGGUACCAUUUGAAUUUGCAAACCAAACUAUAUUGUGCAUUUAAUGACAUGCACACUGCAAAAAAGGGGGGUCUUAAAACAAGAUAAAAACACUAAAUCUGAGGGAAAAGGUACUAAAAACAAGUGAAAUUAUCCGUCCAUGCUGCAAGAUAAUUUCACUUGACACGAUUUCUUCAAGUAAGAUUGUUAAAUCUAGAAAUAAGCAUGUCUACAAAUGUAUUUGGAAGGCUAAAAGUAAGCCAAAAGGCCUUUUUAAGAUCAGAUUACUUAAAAUGUAACUUUUACAGGCCCAAAAAUAAGUUAAAUACACCAAAUAUAACAUUAAAUAAGUAUAAAAUGCUGGUGUUUUAAGAUCAAGUUACUUUAAAUUUAACUUUUACAGGUAAAUAAGUUAAAUGUACUAAAAAUAAGUAUACUGUAAGGUAAGGAGAAAAUGCUGGUUUUAAGAUGAGAUAACCUAAAAAUCAACUUUUUACAGCCUCAAAAUGAGUGAAAUAUACUAAAUAUAAGCAAUUACAUAUUUUGUUUUCUUACUUUUAGCAAAUUAAGCUGAAGAUUAGUUAAACAAAACAUAGAAAUUUAGAGGGAGAAUACCUAGUAUUCGUGAAGAUUGACUAAACUCUGUCUCAAUCCAAGCAGGCUUAUCUUGAAACAAGGCUUACUUUCGAUGAGACUUUAGUAGAAUCAUGGAAUAUCACUUAUUUUAACAGUUAUUUUCCUCAUUUUAAGAUUUCCUGCAUAUUUGAGACAAAAAAAGAUAAGGUUGUGCUUGAUUUAAGAUUAAAGUGUAAAGUUAAAAACUUAAAAUAAGAAAUUAAGUCUUAAAACAAGAGAAAUUAUCUAACAGUUGGUAAGAGGCAAAUAAUUUGUAGUGCACAUAGGAUGAGCUCUUAGGUGUUUUAUCUCAGCUCAUCCACUUCACGGCAGACAGCAGUGAUCCCUCUGUAAGAUACACGCUCAGUUUUCCUGAUUUGACUAACUGAGCUGUUCUCUGUGCUUCAGGGCGAUCGUGGAAACACUGGUCCUGCUGGUGCUCCUGGUGCUCCAGGCGCCCCUGGUGCUUCCGGCCCAGUUGGCCCCACCGGCAAACAGGGAGACCGAGGAGAGUCUGUGAGUACUGGCUGUAGCGACAGAAGUGAAACGUUUGAUGUUGUCUCUUUUAAUCACAGAGAGUAGAAGUGACAGUUAUCUCUCUCCAGAAAGGUGCAGACAUCAUUAGAAAAGGUGGAUUUUUCACCCUCUGUUUCUUCUGUGUUCCUUUGACAGGGCGCACAAGGACCUGCAGGACCUCCCGGACCUGCUGGAGCCAGAGGAAUGCCUGUAUGUUUUUGUUGUUUUCAAGAUCAGCUUUCACACACGUAUUUAGAAAUGCACGUACUGUUUUUGAUGACCCAAGGCCUGCAAAAACUGAGAGAAAGUUCCCUUAAUGAGGUUGUUUACCACCAACUUUCAGGGACCCCAAGGACCCCGCGGUGACAAGGGUGAGGCAGGAGAAAGUGGUGAGAGAGGACAGAAGGGACAUAGAGGCUUCACAGGUCUGCAGGGUCUGCCUGGACCUCCAGUAAGUAUCCAGAAUUCAUCUGUAUCUCUUUGCACGCAGACCUUCAUGUUACACCAGUCAAAUGAGUUUUAAUGGUCUGUUUUUUUGGAAUAUUUUACCUGCUGAUUUUUCACAUCACUUACAUACCUCAGAUAAUAGUACCAUGUGUGCAGAACUCCUGAUACAUACUGGAUGUAUUCUGUUUAGGGUCAAGCUGGAGACCAGGGUGCUACUGGACCUGCUGGACCUGGUGGACAAAGAGUAAGUGCUGUUAAAUUUUGAGAAUGGAGAAAAUAUUUCUUUUUUUGUACAGUUCCUUUAAUAGCAAGAUUUUCCUCAAUGUCUCCAUAGGGACCACCUGGACCUGUCGGCCCUGCUGGAAAGGACGGUUCAAACGGUCUGCCAGGACCCAUUGGACCCCCUGGACCCCGUGGUCGCAGUGGAGAGACCGGUCCCUCUGUGAGUAUACUUGAAAAUAUCUCUAUUUUGAUCACUAAAAUGCACCUUAGCCUCUAAAUGAGAUACGCUACUUCCUGCUCAAGCUUAAAAAAGGAAGUUUUUCAAUUUAAUUAUUACUAUUUAAUAUGAUAUGAAACAGGCUUUAUAGAUUGUCCUUUCCCUGGCUUGUAAAAAGUGUUGCUAGGUCUCAUCUCAAAUCAUUUGAUCAUCUUGAGUUUACAGCGUUUUGUCUGAAUAUGGUCACCUCUGACUCUAAAAAAGGAGAGGGAGAAAUAGAUUGGGGAAGUCAAAAUGCGACCUUUGCCUUGAUUGACAGUUACAGCUGAAAUAUUCACAUGCAUGUCUUUUUAGAAGCAAGGUACCGGCCACUUUUGGAGACCUCAUUUCGAUUAUAUUUAGAGGAAAAUGACGUUAGAUAUAACAAUCUAAAAACUCAAUAAAUACUGAUGGUACUCACCAACAAAGAGGAGCUUAAUGGAAACUUUCCACCAGCCUUUUGUUCUUACCUUCCUAUUGUGGAAAACAUUUCUUAGCACUCCCACACCCACACCAGUUUAGCUGCAGCAGUUCAGUUCUCACUUCCUCCACGCUCCCAAGUAUGUCUAAAAGAAAACCUUUAAGGAAGUACACUCUUUGCUGUUUUACACAUUUUAUUCAGUCUUUACAGGAGGAUAGAUGCUACACUUGUAGUAGGCGAGCUGGAUCGGUCACAUAUUCAUGAAUUCAUAACACCCCCCGGGGUGUGGAAAGGUCCAGAGUCCUUAAAUCAAGAGCCUCAGUGUGUUACAUUUACACCCUGAAAUAACAUAACGUGCAGAAGGUGUAAGUCAAGUGCCGGGUGCGAAUGACGCACUGAAAUCCCAGAGCUUCAUUUUUAGUGCAAACCUGUUCACACUUCUGUAUUUUGAAAGACAUGAUAUUUCAGUCAUGACCUCUUGAGUCGAAGUCAGUGACUUAUUUGCAUGUAUUGAGUGAUAUUUGGUGGUAUGGCUCAGUUCUGAGAGCUUCCUGUCCUUCAGCGUGUUUGUAGGGGGACCUUUCUCCUCGGUUUAAUGAGCAUACAUGAAAAUCCAAGUCAGGCAGAGCAGCAAAGACCCCUGAGUGCAAAGCAGAGCAGGUGUAGCGACAAUACAUAUGACCCUGGUGAAAUCAGAUACAGAAUAACAAGGAGGAGCUGAGGUGGAGGUGGGUCCACUAAAUCUCCUGCAGAAGAAUACUGAUGUUAAACCAGAGGACAGGUCACAGCAUCUCCAACAUAUAAAGAAGAGGAGGACAAAUGUAACCCUCCAUCUUUCUUUCCCACUCAGGGUCCCCCUGGAAAUCCCGGCCCCCCUGGUCCUCCUGGUCCCCCCGGCCCUGGCAUUGACAUGUCCGCCUUCGCUGGUCUGGGUCAGACCGAGAAGUCCCCCGAUCCUCUCAGGUACAUGAGAGCCGACCAGGCCUCUGGAAACCUCCGUCAGCACGACGCCGAGGUCGAUGCCACCCUCAAAUCUCUCAACAACCAGAUUGAGAACAUCCGCAGCCCCGAGGGAUCCAAGAAGAACCCAGCCCGCACCUGCAGAGACCUGAAGCUCUGUCACCCUGACUGGAAGAGCGGUGAGUGACAGCAGGGGGAAUUGGACAAAUUGGAGCGACAUGAUGGAGAAGAGGAAGCUCGACUGUUUAGGAUAAAUGUAGCUUGUACAGUAUGAGUGUUUGGUUGUGGCUCACUGAGAGCGUUAAACAAAAUUGUAAUAUAAAGUUUAAAUGUUUAAAGGCUUUGUAAGCUAGGAAGGGAUUUUAUUUUGAAAUACUGAAGUCUUUGUUUGUUUGUUGUUCUUCAGGAGAGUAUUGGAUUGACCCCAAUCAGGGCUGUACCGUUGAUGCAAUCAAAGUCUUCUGCAACAUGGAGACCGGAGAGUCUUGUGUUCUACCCAAGCCUUCCAGCAUCCCUCGCAAGAACUGGUGGUCCAGCAAGAGCAAGGACCGCAAACAUGUCUGGUUUGGAGAGACAAUGAAUGGAGGAUAUCACGUAAGUGAAAUCUUUCUUAACAUCUUUACGUGCAAAAAAUGAGCUGAAACAAGAACUAACUCCUCUUCUGUUUGUGCUCUAUCGGCUAAAUGGACAUGUAGCUCAAAUUGAAGCUUAUUUUUUCUUUUUUAUUGAAACAAAAUUCAACAUAAAUAUAUCAAUAGUGAAAAGAAAGCAUGUAGAAUGAAGUGUACUUAAGAUGGUACAUACAGAGCUCCCCCCACCCAUCCAUCCCAUGAGCUAAGUUUGGUUAAAAAAAAAAAUAAUAAUAAUAAUAAUAUAUAUACACAUAUAUGUAUAAACACACAUGCAUAUAUAAAAAUGAUAACUUUGUAUUAUUACCAUUAUUUUUUGUGUAUUUUUGUGUUCUGCAUUUCUUUUCCUUUUAUUUUGAUUAUACUUUAGUUUUUACUCUCAUAAAGUCAUAAGUAUGAUGACUCUAAUUUCAUUAUUAUUAUAUUUAUUUAUACUAUUUGUAUCUUUUUCAGCACUACUGUUUAUGUAAAUAUUGAUCUAAAACUAUUUAUGAUAUCUGCACUUUUUAAUUUAAAUAAAAAUAUCGUUAUAAAAAAAAAUCAAAAUAAAUAAAUAAAUACAUAAAAGUAAAGUCUUAUUUCUGAGCUUUUCUGCAUAAGUAGAAAAAAAGCAUGAUAAGAGCAAUUUUAUCCACUCCAGGAAAGCUUGUUUUUUUAGACAGUUUAAUAGAUAGAUGACUAGAAUUAAAUUGUCAUAGCAGUCCGGCAAAAUACAAUAAAAUACAAAAAAUAUUGAAGAGACAAGAGAAUGAAAAACAAGAUAUAAACAAUAUAUACACAUGCCUUAAAUAAAAUACCUGAAUAUGAUUAAUCUUAAAUAGAAUACUUAAAUAGUACCAAUAGGUACAUGUGCAUAUGGUGCGCAAUAUAGUAAAAGUAUAGUAGUAUUAGUAGUAGUAGUUUGAUUUCAAAUUUACUGAAAUUACAAGGAUAACAGCCCUUCAAAAGUGCUGUUGUUUUAAUGAAGCGGAAUAUUUGUACUUCUUGAGGAGAAUAUGUUUACAGUGAUAUUAACCUUUAUUCUCACUUCCUCUUCUUCCCCUGCGGCUCAAUGCAGUUCAGCUACGGUGACGACAGCCUGGCACCAAACACCGCUGCAAUCCAGAUGACUUUCCUGAGACUGCUGUCCACCGAGGCCUCUCAGAACCUCACCUACCACUGUAAGAACAGCGUGGCCUACAUGGACGCCGCCACAGGCAACCUGAAGAAGGCCGUGCUGCUGCAGGGCUCCAACGACGUGGAGAUCAGAGCCGAGGGCAACAGCCGCUUCACCUACAGCGUGAUGGAGGAUGGCUGCACGGUAAGAUCGUGUUAAACAAAUCUCAUGUGCAGAAUGUGACUCUAGAGCUCAUGUACUAAAUCAAGUGCAGACUAGAUUCUACAAAAGAGGAUUAGGGCCACAAGAGGAGAAAAAAUAAUUACAGGAGGGAGCUUUUUUUAAUUUCCAUUUUGAGAUUAAAGUUAAAAUUUCCAGAUUCGAAUCGAAAUCUAAAAAAGUCUAAAUUUUGACUCUAUUCAUGUCUGCUUUAAUCUCAAAAUUUCUACUUUUAUCUAAAAUUUUAAUUUUUUUAUCUCGUAAUUUUGACAUUUUUCAUGACGUUUCGACAUUUUUAAUCUCAAAAUUUCGACUUUAUUCUUAAAAUAUCAAUAUUUAAUCUUAAAAUUUCGACUUUAUUGACAUAAUUUUGAUUUUUUUAUUUCGAAAUUUUGAAUUUAAUACCAAAAUUUCAAUUUGAAUCCUGAAAUUUCAACUUCAAUCUUCUCCCUGUAAUAGUUUUUUUCCCUUCACGUGGCCCUUACCCUUUUUCCUAAGAUUCAGUACAUGAAACACUGUUAAAUUGAACAACAAAAAAAAGCUCUUUCCUUUUACGCUUGAUGUCUUAGACCAUCUCUUUCCCUCCGAGGCCCUCCUACCGUCUGCCAUUUUGGAGGAAGUCAUAGCUCAUUUAACAGCUGUUAUGUUUUCUUCCUUUUCGCAGAAACACACGGGACAGUGGGGCAAGACAGUGAUUGAAUACAGAUCGCAGAAGACCUCUCGUCUGCCCAUUGUGGACAUUGCCCCCAUGGAUAUUGGUGGAGCAGACCAGGAGUUCGGAGUCGAAGUCGGUGCAGUCUGCUUCUUGUAAAAAAAAAAAAAAAAAAAACGAGGGAUCCAAUAGAGGAGAAAGAAAGAAGUGGAAAAUGAAAGAGUACAAUAGAGUGAAAGAGGAGCACACGUCAGAUAAAGGAGGAGAGAAAGAGUGAAAAAGAAAAUCAAGACACUUUUUUUAAAUGGGACUUUUUUUCUAAGUAAAAAGUGCUUUUUUUCCAAGUCGAACUCCGUAGGAUAUCUGCACUGAAUGGCACCAGCAACUGUCAUCUGUGAUUCAUCCAGCAUUGCCUCUAGUCACCCCCUCUCCUUUCCAACCCCUACGCCCCUUACCCCACUUAUGGACACCCAACAUUACUUCAAAUUCCCCCAUUUUUUAUUCUCACAGCGACUGCCCCGCCUUCCCCACCCCCUGAUGAACAAGAAGGAGGAAGUAGGAAGGGAGUACGGGAGCACACCAGGGAACUAGGAAGAGAAAAAUGUGUUGGUGUUAUUUAUUUAUUGUUUAGGUUUGGGUCCCAGGUGUGGUAGGACUGAGUUUGUUGCUAAGUAAUAAAAAGCCCACUUACACAUAUUAAAAAAACAAAAAAACCUUAUCCACCCUUUCCUCUCUUACUUCCUCCUCUUCUCACAUCACCCCAUCUCUCCUGUAUCCACUAAAAACAUACAUAUCUCUUUGAAACCAAAAAUCUAGCCAACGUAGAGAUUGCAGGUGUUCCUAUUUCUACCACCACAGUGUGUAUCAAAAAGUUACUGUGUAUUAUAAUAAAAAUCAAUGGUGCUAUUGUUGUAAAA